GCUGGAGGUCGCGGCGGCGCGGAGGUGGGCAGGCAGCAUGGCAGCGGCUCUGGUGCUGAGAGGCUCCGCCAGUUGGUUGCGCAGGCAGAGGAGGGUCUGCGCGGGCAGCGUGGCGAUGGGUAAGGAGCGCCGGGCUGCGGGGAUGAGCUCGGCUGAGCUGCUGGCGGAUCCUUGCAGAGGAGCAGCAGCAGCAGAAGAAGGGCCUGGCCUCUUCCUAAGGAAGCCCCGAGGGGAGAUGGGGCUACUGUUCCCCCCUCUACCCCACAGCCCCUCGCCUUGUCACCAAGUCCAGGGGUCUGACAACCCUUUGCCCAAACUUACUGGCAACUGCAUAGGCAGUAAAUCAGGUGCAAAGAAAUGGUGCGUUAGAAAUGCAGUCUUCCUUUACGAUGACAUCUGGGUCUUGCUUCUCCAGAGCUAGCCUGCUUUUAUUUUUGCUUUCCCCCCCCAACCUCCUGGUCUAAAGUUUGCAUAGGCUUGCAAGGUGCUGAUCAGAAGGAAAGGCAAGGUUGUAUGACUUGCAUUUUGCGCCCUUUACAAGUAUUGUACCCGCGCUGUUAAAACCCACACAAGCUUUAAAAUUAUAUUGGGCUAAUAUCAGAACGUACGGUCGGCUGAAGAGAAGGCCGGCGUAAUAAAUACUUUAACGUGUUUACUUAAAAUAACGCGCACCGUGUUUAAAACAGGCCACAAAAGUUUAUGUGACGCUAGUGACCUAACAUAUCGAGUUAAUGGUAUUUAUAAUCUGCUCACAUUUGCUUUUCACAUAAUACUGAUUAUUUUUCUCGCAGAGAACUAGGCAUUUUAUUAAUUGCUGUGAUCCUGGACAGUUUUAUACAUACAUGUAAAACUUGGUACAGGUGUGGUUAGUGUUGUUGUACCAUGUACAUUAUCCUUUUUGUAAAGUUAGCCAUAGCCUUGUGGGUUUGCACAAGCGAUAUUCAUGCUGCAGCAGAAACCAACAUCUGAAUUCCAUGGAGUUUGCUCUGAGAUAAGUGUAUAGUAUCUAGGAUUGCAGGUUAGUUUCUCAUCUUUAAAGGAGCAAGUUUAAUUGAAUGCUUUUACUUGUCUGCCCUAGUUAGGUUAUUAGUAACGCCAAAUAAUAUAAAAGAAAAUGUUUUAAAGCCCUCUCGUUUGCCCUUAAUCAAUCUCUGUGUGUAUUUUUCCAUUCUUUUUGAUAAGGAGCUCUGUGCUCUCAAAAGGCUUGCAUGCUGUCUUACUAGCAAAAGCCUGGCUUUGUAUAAACCAGCUUGCUUUAUUGGGUGAAACUAUUGACAUCCAACAUACAGUGGUGCUUGUUUAACUUCCCAAAUGACUUCAAUUCCUAGUGUCUUUGAAUAGAACAACAUGUGACUGCAUAAUAGUGAAUUUCAAUAAAUUAAAUGGGUUCUCAGUAGAACGUGUAUAGAAGUUCUGUAUCAUUAAAACUGUGCCCUAUGAGUGCAAAAGUCCUUAAUUCAAAACGCCCCUCUGUCAUGAACUCAUGCACUGACUUUAGGGAAGACAUUUCUCAUCCCAUCUCCAGAUCUGUAAUAUGAUAAUACUAAAGCUGGCUUGCUUUACAGGGUUGUUUUACGGAUUACCAGGAAAAUAUACACUGAGCGCUUUGAGCACUUCAAAAUUACUGUAUAAGCAAUGAGUUAUAAUAUCAAUGUACAUAUAUAUGUAUGCUUGCAUGUAUAUUAUAUAUUGUUGCCAUCAUGUGUCAAUAAGUCACAUAAGCUCCUCCACAUGCAGCUGCUGGGUGACCUUGGGCUAGUCACACUUCUUUGAAGUCUCUCAGCCCCACUCACCUCACAGAGUGUUUGUUGUGGGGGAGGAAGGGAAAGGAGAAUGUUAGCCGCUUUGAGACUCCCUAGGGUAGUGAUAAAGCGGGAUAUCAAAUCCAAACUCUUCUUCUUCUUCUUUGGUCAUGUUAGAAUCGUAGAGUUGGAAGGGAACCUGAGGGUAAUCUAGUCCAACUCCCUCCUGCAACGCAGGCAUCUUUUGCCCCAUGUGGGGCUGAAAGCCAUGUCCCCGAAAGUCCCAUGCUCUACCAACUGAGCUAUAUACUGUAUUUAUGCAUAUAUAAAUCCACACACUUUACACUUUACACAGUUGCUGGAUUGUUCAGCUUAUUAUGCUUAUGGCAUUAAAGUUGAAAUCCUAAACAUGGUUGCUCAUGAGCAAGCCCCAAAGAGCACAGUGGUGGUGUUUACUUUUAAGUAAACAUGAAUAGGAUUGGUGCCACACAUCAUUCAUUUCCUAGUGCCUUUAUGACAUGAAGGUAAAUAGACUUCUUGUCUGUGGAAAUUAACUCGUUCCUUAUGUUUACUGUCCUUUAGUGUUUGUAAGUCACCCUUGGCUGUUCUGUGACUAAGUCCCAUAAUUACAUAAAUAAUACUACAUUUUUUUAAAAAUGCGGGAGCCUUCAGUUGCUGUAGCUCAGGGAUAGACAGCAUGUAAGGGGUCUUAGGCUGAAUCUAUAGCAUCCCUAUAUAGUGCUAGGAGAGCUGUAUGAAAUUGUGAAAACCUGCUGCUAGUCACUAUAGACAGUGUAGGUUAAUGAGACAGGAUUUGCACCUGCAGGAGCCAUAACAGUUGUUAUUCAGCAGGACUUGUUCUUCUCUUUCCCUCUCUAAGACCUUGAUAUCGACCUCUCCACAAAUCACUCCAUGUUUGGCACUACUUGAUAUAUUGCAGGGGUAGGGAAUCGGUAGCCCUCUAGAUGUCUGAUUACAAUUCCCAUUAGUUUUAGUUAGCAAAGGAUGAUGGAAGAUUGUCCCUCAACAUCUGGAACAGAGCCUGCAUCUCUGUUGUGUAUGCCCCUUUGUCUGUAUGGCUACUGAUUUAACAUGUGAAAUAGAAGGUUUGGUUUCCUGCUUUUCACUGUCCCGUCCCCAUAUCUGGGGGGGGGGGGACGGGACGGGACACUUCAGCAUCUUUGUGUGACAGGACUGGAAGCCAGAUUUCUUGUUUCCCAUUUUAUCAUCGCAAACCCCCUAUCGAGCAGGUAGAGAGCAUGUGGUCCUCCAGAUAUAGUUGGACCACAGCUCCCAUUAACCCUAUCUAUUAGCCAUACUAGCUGGGACUGAUGGAAGUUGGAGUCUAGUAACGUGUGAAGAGCUACAGGUCCCCUAUCUGUGUGAAACGAGGUGUGAAAUAGAAGCCUUGUGUAUUGUUGUUAAACUGUUGUACUCCUAUUUAUUAAAAAUAUUUAUAAUAAUACUGCUUCCGGGUAACUUUCUAUGGUUAGAGAACAGUUUGUCUCAGCUUGCACAUCUUCUGCUGGCUUGAUAGUUGUCGGAGGUAACUGGUUAGGACUCUGAUCAGGAAGUCUGAUACAAGAUGUUGGCGUAUUAAUCAUGGCACCAACAAUAUCGUGUGGAGAGCAGCUGCAUCUGUCUUCUAAGCUUAACAUCCGAAGACUAAUAGCUCUGAUGCUACUGAUCUAAGAAGGAACACUUCCAAUGUACUCUUGUUACUUCCUGAUUUUUCAAUAUGAAUGCUAUUUUUCUUUAGAUACGCUGUUGAGGUUGAGCAGUUUGGUAAAUUUCAUGAAAGCUUGAUAUUCAUUCAUAAUGAUGCCUGGUAUGAUUCUACUCCAUUUUAUUUUGCUUUAAGUCAACGUUUCUUACAAUUGGCAGUCAAACUGAGAACAGAUGGCAUUCAAGCUCUAAGCUAGGAUUGUAUUCAUUUAGAAAAGGAAAUUAUUGUUUAUCCUGUUGCCUAACAUUCCCUGUUCAUGUAUGCCUAGUAGCUUGUGCUUACGUUAUGACUGCAUGGUGCAAUACUGAGAGUUGAGUGCCUCUAAGAUUUUUUUCAGUGGGUCUUGAAUACACUUUUUCCGAAUUACAUCUAUAACCCAUACCAAACUGUAGUGUUACAGGUUCUAAUUCUGUUGAUGGCUACUCUUGGCAUUUGAGUGUCUGUCAUUUACGGUACCUAAUUUUCAUGCAUGUUCUACUAACACCAGAGGAUAGCUUUCAGACUGCUGGGGAAAGGCAUUAAAUAACUGUGGUGUGAAAGUUCUCCAUUAUGCUUUUUUAAAAAUGCAUCUUUAGUCCAUGCAGACAAACUGCCAUAUGAUAGUAGUUUGCACAUCUCAACAUCUGGUGGACAGCUGUUUGUGUCUUGAAUUACAGCUGAUACUAACUGGCUGGAUUGGCAGUCAGGAAAAGAAAAGGGAUCAGCUAUGCGUGGAAUCUGUACAAUUUUCCCUGCCAGUCCAUAUUAAGGUUGAACUCAUUCUCUUUGCCCUGUAACCCAAGAACAAUGGGUAACCAAGUGGAAUUGUUUUAGAAUUACUACAUUCACAUGACAAAAUUUAAUUAGAAAUGCCCCUGCAACUGAGAGUUAAAGGCAACAUGCAAAGCACACCUUAAAAUUUUGCAUCGCUUUGUUACAUGAGAUUACUCAAAAUGGUAACCAUUACAAAUUAAUAUUAUUUUUUGGGUGUUCCGAGUUUAUAAAGAUAAACUAGGAUAAACAUGUGUUAAAGAAUAAGAAAAAAAUACUGUGUUUAUUAAAGUUUUCUUAAAGAUGAAAAAAUGGCAAGAACAAGUUCAAGCAAGUUUAAAUUCUAACGGAAAUACAACAUAAAUAGAUUUUAUCUGUGCGUGGUACAGUGGCUAUUAUAAAACACCGGAAUAGUACAGAUGUCUUCAAUUGCAUAUUAGUAGCAGAUAAAAACUCUUGCCAGGGCAGAGAAGCUGGGUCAAAACAUAGCGCUAAUAAUAUAUGACAUAAUAAUUAACAGUAUGAACUCAGAGAUGAACAACAGCAUCAAAUUGCUACUGUAGAUGGUCACAAAUAACUGUAUAAUCUGUUUUUGUUAUGGAAAUGUAUUUCAAGAUCAUUUACUAAUGCUGAAACUCUUGGAACUGUCUUUAGUGUCUUCUAGGGCAAUGGCUUCCAAAACUGCUGUUGGAUUCAUUGGUUUGGGCAACAUGGGAAAUCCAAUGGCGAAAAACCUUGUAAAACAUGGGUACCCUGUCAUAGCAUAUGAUGUAUUUCCAGAAGCGUGUAAAGAAUUUCAAGACUUAGGCUCACAGGUAUAGUAGUUGGUAUCUUAUUUUAAGAAUCUUACUUCAUAAGGGGUGGGGGCUGUGAAAUUCCAUUAAUUCCAUCUCAAGAUAGGAAUUGUUAUUAAAAAAAAUUCCACUCUGGGUGGCUUCCAACAAGUUAAAACGCAGUAAGACAUCAAACAUUAAAAACUUCCUUAUACAGGGCUGCCUUCAGAUGUCUUCUGAAAAUUGUAAAAUUAUUUAUCUCCUUGACAUCUGCUAGGAGGGUGUUCCACAGGGCAGGCACGACUGGCAAGAAGGCCCUCUUCUCGGUUCCCUGUCACCUCACUUCUCGUAGUGAGGGAACUGCCAGAAAACCUUCAGUGCUGGAUCCCAGUGUCUGGGCUGAGUGAUAUGUGCUUCCUAUGUGUUGGAUGUGAUUGUGCCCUAGUUCAGACAUCAUGGGCACCCAUGGCUAGUUAAAACAAAAUUCAGUGGUACCUGGUACUCGGUUCACAAACUUAAUCCAUUCUGGAAGUCCGUUCUUAAACCGAAACCGUUCUUAAACCGAGGUGCACUUUCCCUAAUGAGGCCUCCUGCCGCCGGUGCCCUUCCACCGUUCAGAUUCCGUUCUUACACCAAGGUAGAGUUUGCAAACCGGGACACUACUUCCGGUUUUGCAGAGUUCGUAAACCGAAUCAUUCGUAAACAAGGCUGUUCUUAAACAGAGGUACCACUGUAGACUCAAGCUGUGGUUUGUGAAGUUCAGGUAUAAUUUCUCAGUUCAAAAUAGUAAUAGGUCACUCUCCACCCGAUGUGCACAAGCAAGAGAGGGAUAAAGGCUUGAGUAGGGUCAAGUGGGCCCUGAUCCUGACCUGCUUACCCUACGCCUCUAAUUGUUGGACUACAGCCCCCAUAACCUUUGGUCAUUGAGGGUCACAAGCUCCCCACCUUGUGAAAAACCCAUUCUUUUUCCUUUUUUGUAACUAUAUGGAUAAGCUAUAGUUGACUAGAUUGUCUUAAGAUGAAAUGUAUGUGCCUAUUUUGGGAAAUGGUAAUGAUGAUUUAGUUAACAGUGAAGUAAUUAGCAUCAUGGAACAAAUAAAGCAGGCAUAGGCAAACUCGGCCCCCCCAGAUGUUUUGGUACUACAACUCCCAUCAUCCCUAGCUAACAGGACCAGUGGUCAGGGAUGAUGGGAGUUGUAGUCCCAAAACAUCCGGAGGGCCGAGUUUGCCUAUGCCUGAAAUAAAGGGUUCUUACUGUCACUUGUACUCUGCCUGGACCCAUGAUGCCCUCCUUCUAACCAAUCAGCUGUUACAUCUUUGUGCUGUCUCUUGUUAAAAUUCAUAGGAGUGGGAGGAUACGGCAAGAUUUCACCCUUCCAUUGUCGCAUCUGAUUCUGUGGCUUAGCUACACGGCGCUGUUUCCGUUCUACUGAAGUACUUGUAAUACUUGCUUAAAAGGUUGAAACAAUAAAACAUGAAAGGAUAACUUCUGUUUCAAUAGGCAACAGAACACUGAUCUUUUUCUUACACCCUCUUUCUUGAAAGGUGACAGAUUCCCCAGCAGAUGUAGCGGACAAAGCUGACAGGAUUAUUACGAUGCUUCCAUCUAAUGCUAAUGCAAUAGAAGUCUACGUAGGCUCCAAUGGAAUUCUGAAGUGAGAAUUUCCUCUUAUCUUCCCUCCUCUCCCCCAUUUCUAAGCCUAAUAAUAAAAUAAAGCAUUUUAUUCUACAUUCUGCCUAGAGUGUUAUUUGCAUUCAUUUUCUACUUGCCUGCUGAAUUAAAACGUUGCUAAGCACAUAGUGUCUAUCAGCUAUCCGUGUGUGCAAACAAUUCCCUGCUGCACCUAUGGCAACAAACUGCAUUUGGCAAUAGACUUUUACUCCUAGAUAUGCGUGUGUGAUGGUCUGUCCCCAAACUUGAGCACUAAUCCCCGUUAGUAUAUGAAUGCAACAUCUUGCUGCUCUUGCAGGACUCUGGAAAGAAAUAAUAGCUAGAAGUCCAUUAUCUUAAUCCUUCAUGUGUGUGUUUUUCCCUGUUGAAACUCAAAGGGGAGAUUGUAAGGAAUUUCUAAUAACACAAGUUGAUAUUUUGAUGACUUUGAAGAAAAUGGUUCAGAGCCAGGAGUAGCCAUCUUAGGCUGCUGCAGCAAAAGCAUAGAAUUGUCGGAUUGGAAGGGACCCAAAGGGUCAUCCAGUCCAACCGACUGCAAUGCAGGAAUCACUGACAGAUGGCCAUCUGGCCUCUGUUUAAAAACCUCCGGUGAAGGAGAGUCCACCAUGUUCUGAGGUUGUCCAUUCCACUGUCAAACAGUUCUUACCAUCAAAAAGUUUUUCCUAAUGGUUAGGCACAACCUCCUUUAGUGUAAUUUGAAUCCAUUGCUUUGGGUCCUGCCCUCCGGAGCAGCAAAAAAACAAGAUUGCUCCAUCUUCCAUGUAAUAGUAUUUUAGAUAUUUUUAUUUGUUAAAUUUGUAUACAGUGGUACCUCUGGUUGCGAACAGGAUCUGUUCCCGAGGCCCGUUCGCAACAUGCCUGCGCAGGUUGCAAUUCGCCGCUUCUGCACAUGCACGUGAUGUCAUUUUGUGCGUCUGCGCAUGCACGAGCGGUGAAACCCAGAAGUACUUCCGGGUUGCCGCGGGACGCAACCCGAAAAAACGUAUCAUGAAGCAAAUGUAGCCUGAGGUAUGACUGUACUGCCCUAUUUCUGUAGAUCUCAGGGUUGUUCACAAAAUAUUUUAAGAUGUCUAUCAUCUUGAUUCAGGUAGGUAGCCAUGUUGGUCUGACGCAGUCGAGAUAAAGAAAUAAAUUGUCCAGUAGCACCUUAGGGACACGAAAGCUUAUACGCAGAACAAACUUAGUUGGUCUCUAAGGUGCUACUGGACUUUUUAAAAAAUUCUUUUAUUUAUAUCACCUCUCGGUCACAUCUUGUACAUCAGAUGCAAAUGUUAUCAUGGCAUAAGCUUUCAUAUACAGUCAUACCUUGGAUCCCGAACACCUUGUACUCAGACCUUUUGGCUCCCAAAUGCCACAAACCUGGAAGUGAGUGUUCCGGUUUGCGAACGUUCUUUGGAACCCGGAUGUCUGAUGGGGCUUCCACGGCUUCCAAUUGGCUGCAGCCAAUCCGCAGCCGUGCUUUCAUUUCCGAACAUUUUGGAAUUCAAACUGACUUCCGGAACGGAUUCCCGUUCGACUUCCGAGGUACCACUAUACUAGAGUUCAUUUCAUCAGAUGCAUGAAGCAUAAUCCUCAGUUGCAGGUGUAUAACACAUGGUUAUAAAAGAGGAGGAAAGUGUUGUAAACCGUGGACUCAGAAGUGAAUGAAAUGCAAAGGAAAUUAAAUGCAGGAAGUGUAGAUGGUAAGAAUUCAGUUUACACUUAACUUUAAACCAUAGUUAAAACUGCCUGAUUUAACACGAAUGAGCAGUGUGCUGUGCGUGCUGCUCAACAGUCUCUGCUUCACUUAUGCUGAAUUGGCCAUGUCAGGCAGGAAACGAACCAUAGGCUGGCUUCCUGUUGUUUGUGAAGCUGCUCUGGUUCACAUGUAGCGUGACACCAGCUGCUGGUUUGUUUUGUGCUCAUGGCGGGAGGGAGGGAAGGAGGGAGAGAAGUGGGGAUGUUUGAGCAGCGCCAGUGUGCUGAUCAUUCACAUUAAACUAUAGUUUAUAAUUAAGUAAAAUUUUGUGUGUACCAGGCCAGAAGAUAUGCAAGAGAAGCACUGGCCCUUCACAACAGCAGUGAUAACAGCGUUGCCAAGCUUAUUAUUUUGAUUAACAUCUGCAGUGGGAAAGAAAACCAUUGUCUCUAUUCAGAUAGAGUUGACCAACUUGAUAAAUUGUUAUUUAGAAGAUUCACACGGGAGCAUCUCUUAGAAAUUCCUUUGUUCCAAGUAUGGGCACCUAAGGUCAGUGGCAGAAUGCCCUGGUAAAUUGUGUUAUAGCCAAUUACCAAUGUGAAUUUAUGAAAUAGCAUAUCCGAAUUGAAGAUCUCAUUGAUACUUUUUUUUUAUAUCUGCAAUGAUCUUCAUUUGAUUGUGCCAGCUUCUGUACUCAAGCUGUGUUGCCUCUAGGCCAGAUGGUAUCAGUAAAAAAAUUAAGCUAAUUUUGUUGACUUUUUUACAUAUCUACAAAGCUCUCUGUCUUAUUCGUCUUUUGCUUCUUCUUUUUCUUCUUCAGGAAAGUGAAGAAAGGUUCUUUGCUAAUAGACUCCAGUACUAUUGAUCCUGCAGUUUCAAAAGAUCUAGCUAAAGAAGCUGAAAAAAUGGGAGCUGUUUUUAUGGAUGCCCCUGUUUCUGGUGGUAAGCUUUACCCCCCUAAACUUGUGUUUUCCCUGAUGUUGGAGGUUAGGGAAGGCUGGCCUAUAUACGUACCACUCAUUAGGAAAAAAUAAAAAAGAACCCUGAAUUUUCAUAUCCAAGAUUCAUAAAGAUAUGUAGGCUCAUGCAGAGGGGCUCAUGCUAGCCGAGUGAAACAAUUGCUGUCUCUGUUGACCUGAUCACCACAUUACAAACUACUUUUAAUAGUCCCCUCUGUUUGAAAAGAUAUUUGCCAUGCGGCAAGAGGAGCUGGAAUUCACUGAAAACAAGUGUAAAUCAUCAGAUGCAUAGGACAAGUUCUGUGGGUCCUCAUACUACAUAUUUUGUAUUUUCUCUCCAAAUUAUCAAGUUGGUAAUUUUCUACUUGGUAUAUUGGAAGCUUGUAAAGUAGAGGGUCAGCAAUAUGAAACACGGAAUUUGAAUGUACUAUUAAAAAGGAUUAUUUCUCUAGACUUAAAGGUAAAGGUAAAAGGGACCCCUGACCAUUAGGUCCAGUCGUGACCGACGCUGGGGUUACAGUGCUCAUCUUGCUUUAUUGGCCGAGGGAGCUGGCAUACAGCUUCCGGGUCAUGUGGCCAGCAUGACUAAGCCUCUUCUGGCGAACCAGAGCAGUGCACGGAAACACCGUUUACCUCCCGCUGGAGCGGUACCUAUUUAUCUACUUGCACUUUGACAUGCUUUCGAACUGCUAGGUGGGCAGGAGCAGGGACUGAGCAAUGGGAGCUCUCUAGACUUAGAAUCCAGCAAAUUCAGCAAAAGAUUGAUGGAUUCAACAAAAAUUGAUGUUUUGGGUAUACUGGAUUCCUCAAGCUGGAGGUUUAACAAUAGAAGUAUCUCACUGAGGGUUGUCCAGUGAUACCUCCUUUUUGGCUGAAAGUUAUUGUCUGUUCAUUUUGCCUUGGUGAAACCUUUGAUAUUUGCAGAUGUCAAUGUACUUUUGAAAUUCUACAGUAAACAAGGUACCACUUUAACUGCUUGUCUUACACAGAAGAGCAUAAUAGGUCACGCCACUGACCAGGUUGGAAGGCAAAUGAACCUAUGAAAAGGAGAGUAUAUGUUCGUAACCAGUGCUUUUGAGCAAUUUACUGGCUUUUUGGCUUCACUGUCAAGCCAGCUCUUCUCCUCCACACUUUUUCUUACCCUUCAACUUGAAGAAAAGUUUUGGAACUCUUCUGUUUGUGACAUUUUGGUUAGUCCUAGGAAUAUAGGAAGCUUCUGUAUACGUAGAGGCUCAGUAUUGGUCCAUAUAGUAUUACCUACUCUGACUUGCAACAGCUCUCCAUUAUUUCAGAUGGGAAAUUCCCAACCUAGUACCAGGAAUUGAACCAGGGACCCAUAGCUCUACCACUGAGCUACGGUUGCCCCUGAAUAAUUGUCUGACUAAAUUUUUAAUUUAUUCUAAUGGAGCAACACAACUUCCCCUGCUUUUUGUGUAUCUUAGAGGAUACCAAGUUUAGCCAUAGAUCAGGGGUCACCAAACUUUUUCAGCAGGGGGUCGGUCCACUGUCCCUCAGACCUUUUGGAGGGCCGAGCUAUAUUUUUUUUUGGGGGGGGUGAACGAAUUCCUAUGCCCCACAAAUAACCCAGAGAUGCAUUUUAAAUAAAAGCACACAUUCUACUCAUGUAAAAACAUGCUGAUUCCUGGAGCGUCUGUGGGCCGGAUAUAGAAGGCGAUUGGGCCGGAUCCGGCCCCCGGGCCUUACUUUGCCUACCCAUGCCACAGAUGAUAUCAAAACCGGAAGAUUACUUUCGACCGCCUGAAAAUGGGACUUUUAUUUUGUGGCAGGUGGGGUGGGGUUACAUGGCCUCCCGCUUCUAGAUAAACCUCUGCAAGCCGGAAAACUAAAUAGCUUGUUUAUGGCUUGGUGACAUUUUGGUUGGUUCUAAUAAAGGUAUUUAGCCUAACUGGAUUUUAAAAGGAUAGUGGAGAAGGUAUGGGUAUCUGGCUGAACCUGGAUUAAGGUCAGAGUAUGAACAGGAGUAGAAUCAAUAUAAGAAAAUAUAGGCUAGCAGCAGUGUGGCAAGCUGCCAACCCAAGUAGCUGAUUACAGUAAUGGUGGAGAGACAAGAAAGGUACAGGAAAAAGGCAUUUAUUCAGCGCAAACCUAGAAAAAAGAGAGAGAGGGCAGAUAGCCAUGUUGUGGCUAAAUCUGUAGGAGAAAAUCCAGUUUCUUAUAUUUGCAUUUCCCACAAUGUAACACUAUGCAAAUACACUUCAUUGACUUGCCCUAUUCAAGAGAGAGCUAUGUUUGUACGCUGGUCUCCAUUAUUUCUGUCUUUAUUUUCCAUUGGUACGUUCUACCAUCUUCCCUUGUACAAGCAGCUGACCUCUGUAGGCGAAUGUAAUUUGAAGUUCUCCAUAUUGCCUGGAUAGGUUCCCCUCCAAUUGCAUCUCGCCUGCCUGAAGGGAAACUGGAAUAUGUUAAGUCAUUUAUUGACGCUGUAGUGACAAGUGUAAACUGAGAACGAAGAAAGUGACUCCUCUAUGGCCUUGUAUGCAUAAGAGCUUCUUUGUACACAUCAUGUUACUAAUGUGGCAUUUGCAGCAGUUGCUUGUGUCAAACGAAUGUGUCCUUUAAGGAAUCUUAAGAGUGUAUAUAUAUAUAUGUGCAUGCAUGAGUGCAUCUGUGUGCAUUUUUUUUUUCUCAUUGGAGAAAAUAACAUAUGUUGAAUAGAGUCGUUUUUACUAACUUGUAUAAAUGCUUUCUAGAAGAUUGAAACAGUAGGCAGCGGAGCUUGUUAAAGACUUCUUAUUUUACAAGCUUUAAAGAAUUCAGAAUAUGGCUUGACUCCUUUUUUUUUUAAUCGAAACCCUCAUAUAGACUUCGUUUCAGAGCCAGCAUCAAGUCUGUACAGUGCUUGUCUUUUUUAAAAAUACAAACAUACACUCUUGCUCUUUCUAUUUACUGAAUCAGAACCCUACUGUUUCCACUGGUGCUGUGUCUAAUUUAUGACGUGACCACAAAAACUAAAAUUAUUUAUAUGUUGGCACAAAACGGCACCACUGUAGUUAAGAGUCUGUUGGCAUUUCCAUUAUAAAUCCUCCCUAGGACAAGUUUAUAACUUGGCAUUUUUACUUUGCUUCAGGCUCUAAACAUGCUGUUUUCUGUCCAAGCACAAUUGGGGUUUUUUUUAUAAAAUAUAUAAAAAAUCAUUUAAAUAAGCUUGGGCCACUUAUUUAUGUUUCACAACUAGUACUGCAAGCUAGAGUUUUGAGAAUGGUAUAUGGCCCAAACUGUAGUGAAAUAAAAUAAUAGUGGCUUUUAAAGGGACUUUACAAACUCUUUAUUAUUAUUUACUAAAUGGCACAAGUAUACAUGCAACAGUUUUUACGUGCAUAUUUUUUUUUUGGCAUAGUGCUCUACAUUCCAAUCUUUUCAUUGAGAGGUCUUAACAGUCAGCAGCGCACAUUUAAUAGGAUAAAUAUUUAAAAACCCACAAAAAUAGUCUGUGGAUGUAUGAACCCGUGUUUAUCAGACUUACGAUUCCUCCUUUUUUAAAUCCCAAAUUCUCCCUCCCUCCCCGUUUGAAAUCAGUUUGUAUUUUUCCUCUUCUGUGUCUAAAUGAAGGCAGCUUCAUUUAGCAUUAGUGAACUGGUAGGAAAGGAUAGCUCAAGAAAAGGGGACCAGCUAGUAGUUUGUGUGAAUUUUUCAUUACAGUUACCAGUUCGGACUGCAUGUGAGAGUCCAAUUGGAUGAGAAGCAGUUUUCUGGUCUUGCGUAGUUGCCAUGUGAGUUGAAUUUUUGGUACUCGCAAAGCUCUUUCACUGGAAGGGCUCACAUUGUUCACAUUACUCCCCAGUGUGGUGUAGUGGUUAAGAGUGGUAGACUCGUAAUCUGGUGAACCGGGUUCGUGUCUCCGCUCCUCCACAUGCAGCUGCUGGGUGACCUUGGGCCAGUCACACUUCUCUGAAGUCUCUCAGCCCCACUCACCUCACAGAAUGUUUGUUGUGGGGAGGAAGGGAAAGGAGGAUGUUAGCUGCUUUGGGACUCCUUAGGGUUGUGAUAAAGCGGGAUAUCAAAUCCAAACUCUUCUUCUUGUUGUUGUUGCCUGUCAUCUUCCCUUGUCUUUAGUUUGCAAAUCCUUGUUUCAUUGGUGUGCCUGAGAAAAGAAUUCUGUAUGUUUAAUACAAGGUCAGCUCCAGCUGUGAGGGGACCCUGCAUAGAGGUCACCUCUCAACAGGCCACCUCCUCCAUCAGUGGGCCCUUGUAAGCUGGUGUAGGCAGCAGCAGUGCCAAACAGUGCUUGUUGGUUGGGUCUAGCUGCCAUUUUGGUUGUUUGUGGUGCCCUUGAUAUUGUGUCAUACUGUACUGCGGGGAAAAAUUAAGCUGUGACUUGACCCAGCUACUUGAUGCUGUUCAGCAUGCCGGCCCAGAAUAAAAAUCUAAAGCAGUGGACACUUCCAGAGGGCAGAAAAUUGUCUUCUACCGUGUCAGACCAUUGGUCCAUCAGUCUUGCUGUUGUCAAUACUGAUUGGCAGUGACUCCUGGCAAGCCCUACCUACAGAAACCAGACAUUGAACCCACAACCUUUUCAAUCCAAAGCAUGUGCUAUGGCCAAGUUCUGAAGCCAGUCCUGACUUGAGAUUGAGAGAUGCCAGGAAACGAUUCAAAUUACAAUAAUACCUCGGGUUACAGAUGCUUCAGGUUGCGUUUUUUCAGGUUAUGAACCUGCCGAAACCCAGAAGUACUGGAACGGGUUAUGCCCGGGUUUGGGGGGUCACGCAUGUGCAGAAGUGCUAAAUCGCGCUUUGCGCAUGCGCAGAAGUGCCAAAUUGCAACCCACGUGUGCGGAGAUGCGCCGCUGCGGGUUGUGAACGCUGUAGGUUGCGAACGUGCAUCCCGCACGGAUCACAUUCGCAACCCGAGCGUCCACUGUAAUUCAUUGUGGAAUGGAGAAGCAGAAAUACUAUGAUGUUACUGGAUGGAUUUGUUGAAUUUUGAAAAAAGAAAAUCGGAGUGAUCUCUGUGUGCAUUUUUUUGGCGGGGGGGGGGGGAAAUAUGGUGAUGCUGUUUACAGCUCAUCGUAUCAGACAAUUGCUCUUCAGCCAUUGGCUUGAUUCCAAUGUUGAUUCCAUCAGUUGAUUCCCUAGCUGCCCAGCUCACUGAUAGAGGCACAUUCUUCUGUCCCCACUCUUCCACAGCUGUUUGGGCUGGAGUUGACAACUACUGUUUCCAAUGAAAACUCAGUUCUGGAAACAAAUGGCAUUCUUGACGUUUUAUGGUGUUAACAACUUUAAAUAUCUUUCCCAUCCGCUGAUAAAAGUGGAAAGGAAUACCCCCCCCAUUCCAUUCUCAUGUUGAAUAUAUGCAGUAAUAAACAACCCCCUGAAAAUAUAAGCGUUGUUGCGAGGAGAUGAACAUUUAUCAGCUUCAAGAUACUUUUUUUUGGUAGAAACAGGCUAAAAUAUAUCUCAAAAUGAGAAUGCAGCGUUUUAUUGCUUUAUGGCUUUGGCCACAGAGCAGAGCUAGAAUUCCAGGCGAAAACCUACAAAGGUUAGUCAAAAUAUUGCAUGUUUUGUUCUUAAACCUCAUGCUACUGUUUACACAGCUGGUCUUGCAUUAGGUUAUAGUUAGGGAUUUUGCAUCUCGUCCCCAGCCUGUGCCACUCAUGAGUCACCGGGAACCGUUGUAGAAUAUAACAGAGCCUUAAAGCUCUUUGCCCCCACUAAGGGUAGGAUCCAGCAUUCAGCCUCAGAUAAGGGCAUUCCCUUGCUUCCAGUGAACAAAGUGGGGGUGGGAACAGCAUUUGCAAAAGAAAGAGAGGAAGGGUGCAAAGUAGGGCGGAAAGUUGCCAUAUUCUGAAGAGCAAAAAAAGAAUACAUUUUCCGACUUCUACUUUUAACUACAGUUCACUAUGAUGACUCUCAUUUUAAAUACCCCUACUAGAUAUGUAGGCAAUAGAAGCUGUGAUAUAUUGCUAGUAGCAAUGUUCUUAACAUUUUAAAAACAAAAUAAUAACACCCUCCCCUCCAUUUUGUACAUUACAAGCAGACUUCUCAUUAGGAAUUAACUCUUGCAUAGUGUCAGGGAACUGACAUCGGGGCCAGAGGCGGAGGCUAGGCUCCCAAGUGAUGCUGGAGAAGGGCCCAGCAGGGAGAGAGGCAGCUCAUCAGGUGGGGAAGGAAAUCAGCGUAACACCAGGGAUAAAGGGGGGCAGAUGGGGGAAUCGGCGAGGGGGCUCCAGGACUCCUCACCGGAGACCAGCGGGGAGAGCACGGGUCCUCCGCUACCCACACCCUCCCUGCGCAGAAGACUUCCGCGCAGGGAGAGUAGGAGGAGACUUAGCGUCAAACAGCUUUUAUGCUGGAAAAGGUUUAAGAGACGCCCACUGACGGAUUCUGCUAGCGACUGAGACAGCCAUGAAGUGAAGGGCUGUCUGGACAGGAAAGGUUUAACCAGGCAACCUAGCCAGGAGUGGCGGCAACUUACGCACGAGCAACCCCUAUUCUUAUUACACAUAGCUAGCUGGAAUGAGGAAUGGUUGCAGGGUGUGUUUAAAUACUAUUUGUUCUGAAGUACAGUGGUAUCUCUGGUUACGUACUUAAUUCGUUCCGGAGGUCCGUUCUUAACCUGAAACUGUUCUUAAGCCGAAGCACCAUUUUAGCUAAUGGGGCCUCCCGCUGCUGCCGCGCCAUCGCUGUACAAUUUCUGUUCUCAUCCUGAAGCAAAGUUCUUAACCCGAGGUACUAUUUCUGGGUUAGCGGAGUCUGUAACCUGAAGCGUAUGUAACCUGAAGCGUAUGUAACCUGAGGUACCACUGUACUUAUAUCCCACAACUCAUUUGAUUCAUUAAUAUGCCACUUAACUAUGAUCAUCCUUAAGUGGUGUACAAUUAAUAUAACACAGAAAAUAUUCUUUUGAUUGCUGAAAUGCAUGAUUCAGGUGAGAGUGCUAUUACAAGAUGGAAUAGAGGUAUCUGCACUUUUAAAAUCGAAGGUAGGUAACUUUUUGGUGUUGGCAAUAACAGUCAUUUAAGCUGAAGCAUCUCAGGAAAAUUGUGGACAGAAUGUAGAGAACGGUAGGCAGAGUUCCAUCUGUACAAUAGGACUUUCCCGUGCAGCCUCUUGCACAAAAGCCACUGUGGAGAGUAAUGUAAUGUCAGGUGCUAUGAUCUUUGAAUGGGGGGGGGGGAGGGAAUUGGCAAAAACUAGAGACUCCCCCCACCCUCACUUCUGUGAGCAGAAGUGCCAUUUGUUCACACAAGGAGGCCCCUGGAUCCUGGCCAUUGUGUCACUAGGAACAACAACAGCCACAUGAUUAAAAUGUUGUUCAGAGGUAGAAAGUGGCUAGCAUCCUCCCUGAGGAUUGUGGCAAACUUAGUAACAAAUUUGUAGUGUUUUCAAUCCAUCAUAAAGAAUGGGUGGCACUUGUAUCAUUGGGUGUAAAUGAAUGACCAGAAACUAUGUAAUUAGCUCUUCAAAUGUUUGCGACCUUGUCGCUUCUUGUAGUUACAACUGCGAUCCAUAAUCUUCAACCAUGCAGAGUCUUACCCCUAGAUUUCACCAGAUAGAAUAUCAACAUUUGCUUAAAAGAGCAAUGUCAGAGGGCAUUUUCAGAGAAGUUGUUUUUAAAAACUGGUUCAAACACAGCUUGCCCUAAGAGAAUUCUGGGGAUUUCAGCUGUGUGGUUGCUUAUAGAUUCCUAUGAAGAGACUUGUGGUACCUUAAAGACUAACAAUAAAAAUAAUUUAUUAUUAUUUCCCCAGCCACUCUGGCUGGCUCCAAACAGAAUAUUAAAAACACGAUAAAACAUCAAACAUUAAAAACUUCCCUAGACAGGGCUGCCUUCAGAUGUCUUCUAAAAGUCAGAUACUGGUAGUUGUUUAUUUCCUUGACAUCUGAUGGGAAGACAAAGGCAUAAGCCUUUGUGGAUGACAGAUCAGAUGCAACAGGCCCUAGAAAUUACAUAGAUUCUGGGCCCUCUUGCAGAAUAAGUUUACAUAAGUUACAUAUACACUGUAAGAUGACAUGAUUUCCUAGCAUAAUCCUGACUGGUGAGAUCACAUCCAACCCUUUGGAGAGCCUAGUUCCCUACCAGUGAUUAUUUUUAAAAGUAAUAAUUAUGUAGUGGAAAAAUUAUUUUUCUGAAUCUACUCUAAGUCUGCAGUUUAUUCCACCCACCUCUUACAUUUGAGUGAACUCAUUUCCACUAUCUCAUUUGGUAUAAUAAUGCAUGCAUUAUUACCAUCCUAAGCUCUCAGCAGAGAACUUGAACUAAUGUAGCUCUUUAUAAAAAAUGGGGGAAGGACUUGCUUCACAUUAAGGUUAAGGUCAUUUGAUUGUCUGCCAAAUAGCUGGUUUAGCAAAUGGCAGGAAAAUUGCAAUUAAGUCAACAUUCAUAUUUCCACAGGAAGACCUGCUAUAUAAAUCAAAAUUCUUUUAAAAGCAAUAAAAUCACACUAUAAAAUCUAACAUCAGCUCUCAUCUUGCAAGGUUUUCCAGAUUAUUAGAAUAAUUAUUUUGCUUCAGGUAUUUUAAAAGGUGACAGUUGGCUAGCACUGUAAAUUGCACCACAGAUCAGAAGAAAAAUGGCCAAAAAAUCAGCAUAAAUGCAUACUGCACUAACUGUUAACAAGCAACAAUGGGGUUUUAAAGCAUCAAUAUCUGAAGCAGAAUUUAUCCACACAUAUGGUAGGAACUUCCUGAAUGCUGAGGGUUCCUGACUAAGUACACCUGUGACCUCUUUUUUUGGGGGGGGGGUUAAAAGUCUAUAGUGAGCCAGUCUCAGAAGGGGCUGCCAAACAGCAGUGCCUAUUAUUGAUCCUUUGUAAUGGCGUGUAACUUCCAUAAUCCAAUAUUCUACAUUUCUGCUCAGAAGGAAGUCCCACUGAGUUUACUUGGAAUUAGAUGUAGGAUUGCAGCGUUCGUAAUGUUCAAACAUGUGGAACUUGUGGCUUCUGUCACACACUGGGAGAAAAAGAGUGCUUUCCCACUUCUGACUCACUGCAUAGUUAUUUGCUCUGGAAUCCACAGAAAUAUGUGCAGCAGUACUAUGCUUACUGGAUGGGUGAGGUUAUGUGGUGCCUCUCCAAACUUGACCACAGCCUUGUCUGUUGCUGUAAUGAGGCACUUGGGCCAAUGGUUUUGGACUAGGUAAUCUGAAGGACCUUGUCCUGCAUGAUCCUGCCAAGGUCACUAGGAAAGGUUCUCUGAGUUCCACCCUCACCAGAAUUUCAAUUACUGGGUAAACAGCUGAGGGCUUUCUCUACUGCAAUACCCAGAUUUUGGAACUGUCUGCCCCAGGAGAUCCACCUGUCUCCUUUUCUGAUGACAUUUCAUUUCAACAAUCAUGUGAAGGAGCAUCUCCACCCCCAUUGUUCAGUCGGGACACUGAGGUCUAGCUCCGAAGGCCUUCUGGCAGUUCCCUCACUGUGAGAAGUGAGGUUACAGGGAACCAGGCAGAGGGCCUUCUCAGUGGUGGCGCCCGCCCUGUGGAAUGCCCUCCCAUCAGAUGUCAAGGAAACAAACAACUAUCUGACUUUUAGAAAACAAUUGAAAGCAGCCCUUUUUAGGGAAGUUUUUAAUGUUUGAUGUUUUAUCGUGUUUUUAAUAUUCUGUUGGGAGCCACCCAGAGUGGCUGGGGAAACCAGCCAGAUGGGUGGGGUGUGAAUAAUAAUAUAUGAUGAUGAACUCAUUUGAACAUUUUGGACCAGGAUCUGCCAGUCCCCUCUGUCCUUUCUGGUUUUAUCUUAUUUUGCAUUGUGUUGCAAUUUUAACUAUGUUGAUUGUAGGCCGCGUUGUUGGCCAGUGGAAAGGUAGGAUACAAACUUUUAAAUAAAUACUAAGGCAGCUAAGAAGUGGUUGACUGAUGGCUUCUCACCUGUAUCAAAGGGUAGUAUCCUGUUCUCUGCCAAGGAGCUCUGAGCAUCAUAAUUGGGUUCCCAUCUCUUUGUUUUAUCCCUGUAACAACCCGGUGAGGUAGGCUGGUUUAAGAGAGAGAAGGAAAGAGACUCACCCAUGACCACCCAAUCAGCUUUAUGGCCAAGUGUCUCUUUGAACCCAGAUCUCUCCAAAGUCCAAUACUGUCUACUUCACUUCACCACAGUGGUUGAGUGUUUUUAUGGGUAUAUGCUACUAGUACUUCAGACUGGAAAUGGUAAAGCUAUACUCUUCAGCAUUGACACUGGCCCAAGAGAGAUUAUAAACCAUUCUGAACAAAAUUUAUUUAACCUAUUAAAAAGUCAACCUUAAACUGCAGUUAAUUAGUUUACACUAUUACCUCACUUCUGCUGAGGACUAAAAUUCCCUCAGAGUAAAAGGAGCUCUAUCAGGUGAGUUGACUGCUGCCCAUAUGGAGCUUUAAGAUAAUGAUGAGUUUAAAUUUCCUCUUAGAGCUAAGUGAGAAUAAAACUGAAGGCAAUAAAUACUGUUGGCCAAACCCAUUAAACCAAAAAGCUGGUAAUUCUCCAGUUCUUGACUUAAAUUGUUUGUUUAUCAGCUGGCGCCUAGUCUGGAGUCAAGAGCUGGAGAUUUCUAUCUGUGACAGAACUUUGAAACUUUUGCAGGACACUUUCAUUUUAACUUAAGGUAACUUGAGUUUAUAGCUUUGGCUUUAAAGAUUACUAAUGAUUUACUCAUUUCCUUACCAUUUAACCAGAGUGGACUUCUUUCCCAGGAAGGGAUCUGUGUUUAUUUAGGGUCUUUGUCUGCGGAGGGAUUAAAAGGCAGCCCACCAGCAUUGUGAACUUGAUGGUAAUAAAGGGUCACCAAAACACGCCAUAAAAACAUUCUUACUAUGGAAUUAAUUAUACAGUGUAAUUUUACAAAGCAGUUCAGUAACCCUUCUUUUAAGGCUUCAGCAACAUUUUAUUCUUCUUCUUCAGAAAGUUGGAACUGGGGGGGGGGGGAGACAAAACAGUUUUUAUUUAAUGUCAAGAAGCCUGAUGUGUACAUAAACUGAUCCAGGCGUUCAACUUACAAAGACUUGAAACAACUGGGGAAAUCCUAGUUUCAGUUUCUGCUAUAUGUGUAAAUUUUAAACACUUUACUAGGUUGUGCACAGAGGAUAAAAGUCUUUUUGAAGCUCUGUUAACAGAUGCAGCUAUAGAUACCUAGCACAGGGAAAAUUCUUAAGAACGCUGGGUGUUUCCCCCACCUCCCCCAAAACCUUUCAAUCUCUUCAAAGGAAUCCAUUCAUUUUCCGCACCACCAGGUGGCAUUGCAACCAAGCAUGAUUUCAAAAUAGUUGGCGGCUGCAUUUGGAAGUAUUUGGGUAGAAGAGUAUCAUACUUUGUUUUGUUUUUUUAAAGAAAAUCUUCCAUUUUCAAAACUUCUUUUUUGUUGUUGUUUUAUACAGAAAGGUAGUAGCUGCUUAGGAUGACUUAGGAAGUCAGAUCUUUGAGCUUCAAGAGAGGAUGGUACAAUAUGAAGAGAAUAGAAGUGAAUGGUUGUUGGAGUGGAAAACGAAAUGAUCUGUCAAAGUGCUUUGCUAUGAAAUGAUGAUUCAUCCUUUGUUGAUAUGAAUCAGCUGUAUACUGAUUUAUCUUUUAGUUCAGCCGUGAGAAAGGAAUUUUGAAAUUUGCUGUUUUAUUUAUUUGAAACUUUUCCAAAAGGAAGUCUUCAAGGCAGCUUAUUCACCCAUCUCUUUCAAACUCUUUCACCUAAUUUAGCAAGCAUUUUAGGCAUGGGUAGGCAAACUAAGGCCCAGGGACCGGAUGCGGCCCAAUCGCCUUCUAAAUCCGACCUGCGGACGGUCCGGGAAUCAGCGUGUUUUUACAUAAGUAGAAUGUGUGCUUUUAUUUAAAAUGCAUUUCUGGGUUAUUUGUGGGGCAUAGGAAUUCAUUCAUCUCCCCCCAAAAAAUAUAGUCCGGCUCCCCACAAGGUCUGAUGGACAGUUCACUGGCCCCCUGCUGAAAAAGUUUGCUGACCCCUGAUUUUAGGCAUGCAGUGAGGGGGGCAGGGUCUGUGCACCCAGAGCAGUUGUUUCAGGUGCCCCCGGAUCCUAUUGCAAGCAAUGAAGCAAAAGCGGAUCCAGAGGAGUCUUCAACUCUGGAUGUGGUUAAACUGAUGUGUGCAGAAAGAGGUGCCAGUUGGACGGGACUGGAUAUGGAUUGUGUUGAAAACAGUGCGCAUGCUAGACAUCACUUUGGUCCCCAUUGAAAUACACAGCACAUGCUUGGCAAUAAUUUCAGCCUGAUGCAGGGGUUCCAAACUACGUGAUGAGGAGCCUUCAUGAGUACUGGAGGCUCAUUAUUUCACAUAGUUGCCCUUGAACCCGUAGUGAGCAAUGAAAAGUGCAUUUAUCACAUAUUUAUUGAACAUGGUAUCCAGACAUGGCUGUGCUGUGAAUAAUGGCUGUAUGACUGUCUCUAGUUGUAUGUAACAAGUUAUUGCAUGCAGCUAUCUUUGCAUCCUAGCUGGAAUAGAUGUUUUGAGCGUUGGAAAUCCAUUACACCGACUGGUUCGGUUGAGAGGGAAUCUUUACAAUCUCUGUGAUGGGUUUUCCCCUACUCCAGCCCAUCCCAUAGAAACCUGGAUAACUAGGUUGGAUACAGAGAAACGUCCUCUGAAAAAAGUGCAUUUCUCCCACAGAAUAAGCCUUUUUUCAGAUAAUCCAACUCAAUGUUUACUCUUCUUAUAUUUUCUAAAAUUAAGAUUAUUACCCUUUCAAAGUAUGGUUAUUUCCCCCCAACAUGCAUUAGGCAGAACAUUAGUUCUUAGAAUAUACUUAGGGAAUUUUUAUAGAAGAAAUUUUAAUUUUUUUUUUUUUUAAUGCCAUCUUCUGAGAAAUCAAAUCUUACUAAAUCAAGCUGGAAAAUGGCAACUUAAAGAAUUUGUUUCUCCUCGUAAUAGUAUUUUACCCUUUCCAUGUAUUAUCCUUGCCUAAUUCAUGGAGGUGAUAAUUUAUCAACAGCUUUAUGAAGUGCCAUUCAUCUUACACCAUUACUCUUUCUCUUCAAGUAUUUAAUGUGUAUAAUCUGUUGAGAAAUGUAUAUGCUUUCAAAGUGAAUGUCUGUGACCUCCCACCUUGUCCUCGGACCGAGUAUAUAUCUUACGGCCUACUUGUUCAAAGAGCAGCUUGAAUAUUUUAUAUCUGAAAUCCCCAAAGUGUUGAGAAAAAGAGAUGUCAUGUUAUAAUUUACAUAUAUGGGUUUUUGAACAGACACAUUUAUUGGUAAACAGCAGCAGUAUACGGUAAUUGUGACUUUUGACCCUCCGUGUUACACUUUUAAACUUGAUACAACGGUCUGUUUCUAAGCUUUGUUGUUGUGUUCGAUGUUGCUACUUAUUUAACAUCAAAAAGCUGUGGCAGUUUGCCUUUAUAGAUGGUGCCUGUGCUCUGGAAUUGCCUCCUGCUGUCCCUGAAACCUUGCUUGGUUUAAUGUGUCAGAUUUUCUCACCAGAGCCCUUAAUAAGCAAGACUUUAGCUAACACACUAGUCUUUAUCAAAUCUGAUACAGCAGAGACUGUGCUUGAGUAACUGCCCAAUUCAUUAACACACAUAACAGCUUGGGCCUUUUUCUCGGAGCACUUAAUGAUGUUGUGGAGUAAUGACAUGCACAUGCAGAUUUUUACAUUGCAUGUAAUCUUUGUGUUUUCCCACUUUUUUUUUUUAAACAGACAUUGCUUUAGGUCUGGAGUAAAUGAGUGUUUUUCUGCUAAAGAUUCUCAAAGUAAACUGGUCUCAUUAAAAAUAAUGGUCGCUCGGGGGGGGGGGGGGAAAUCCCGCAAGUUACAACAAAUAAAGCCACUUAAAUCAUAACUAUACAGUAGAUUCUCCUCUAGUUCGGUUUGGAAUGGCACCUAUUACGAGCGCAUGUUGCCAUGGCAACCUCUGCAUAGAGGUGAAAGAUAAGUAGGCCUCGGUUAAAGGAAAAAUUGAAUAAUAGCUGUCGGCUUAAAUGAUCUAUUGACAUAAUGUGUAUGUGUUGCAAUGGAAGUCUAAUAAUCUAUGUCUUCCGAUUUUUUCUGCUCCCUGAGUCUUCCAAUAUGUUUAAGAAUGCUUUUGUCUAUCUUUAGUAAAUAAAUUAAAAUGGGGGGGGGUUCCUUAGAACAACGAUCAGGUUGUGUUUAUUUGAAAUUAGCAAGUAUUCUUUGUAGUGUGUGUGUGGAAAUUACUUUUCAGGUUAACAGUUGUGAGAGGGCUUUAGUAGUUAGAUGGGUAGCUGGUGUUCAAUAGCUGAUGGGAUUUUUAAUCUUGUCGCCCCAUUUGUGGCGUUGGCGGCUUUUUCCUUUUUCAACACCAGGUGAAGAUAAUUUUAUUUGUCUAGGCAUUCAUGCGUGGGAUGUGCAUUAGUUACUAAAAUAGGUUUUAUCCCCACCAUUGAAUUUUUACACUGAUUUUUUUAUGCUGCUGUUUUGCAUUGUGUCCAUUUUAUCCGUGAGCUUAUAUUGACGUUCUUACUGUUCUGUUGUAUGCCGCAUUGAAAGGUGGUUCUCUGAAACUGUGGGAUUUAUAUGGGAUUGUGCAGGUAGGAUUCUGCCCUUAUUCUUGAAAGUAUCAUUUCAAUAUUAAUGAUUCGAUGCUAUAGAUACACUGUUGUAUGGACAUUAUUUCCCCUUUUAUCUGUCAACCUGUAUCUGUGACAAUGGGGAAACUUAAAUACAACUAUUAAUUGGCAGGAUGCUGGCUAACUGGGCUUCCUAAUGAGUUUAACUCUAAAGGAGUAAUAAGUUGUGUUUCAUAGUAUCAUAGAAUUGUAGAGUUGGAAAGGACCAUGAGGGGCAUCUAGUCUAAUACUGGUAAUAUUUUGCCCAGUGUGGGGCUCAAACCCACAACCUUGAGGUUAAAGUCUCAUGCUCUACCAAAUGAACUAUUAAUAUACAUAUAUAUAUUUAAAUAAGAUUGUUUAGUAGCAUAACAUAUAUUUGACAUUUAAAUUUAGUGCUUGAAUUUUUUCCUCUUUUUAGUAAGUGAUGCAAUGCUCCACCUGUUGAAAGCAUCCCUAUACAUUGCAAUAGUUGCAGGGAAACCAACAACAUCUAGCAUCUCUGGGCAGCCGCCAACGCAUCAGCACCCUGGCAGGUCCUGCUGUUGCUGAUUGUCCAGGGACCCCCCCCCCCUUAAACAAAAUUUCUUGGUCCAGCACUCUGAACACCACUGUGUGGCUGGUGCAGCUGCCAGUUUAAUUUCCCACAGUAUCCCUGAUGUGAUCAAGAGUGUUCUGGGAAGUUUAAAUCUUGGACUACAGCCACACAGGACAGGUUGGAUUGCUACUGCUGCUGCCUACCACUGCUACCAGGUAAUUCCACCAGCACCAACGGAGGAAGGAGGACUUACCAGAGCAGGGGUCAGCAAACUUUAUCAGCAGGGGGCUGGUCCACUGUCCCUCAGACCUUGUGGGGGGCCGGACAAGAUAUAUAUAUAUUUUGGGGGGGUAAUGAACAAAUUCCUAUGCCCCACAAACAACCCAGAGAUGCAUUUUAAAUAAAAGCACACAUUCUACUCAUGUAAAAACACCAGGCAGGCCCCACAAAUAACCCAGAGAUGCAUUUUAAAUAAAAGGACACAUUAUACUCAUGUAAAAACACACUGAUUCCCGGACCGUCCGUGGGCCAGAUAUAGAAGGCAAUUGGGCCGGAUCCGGGCCCCAGGCCUUAAUUUGCCUACCCAUGUACCAGAGGGUGCGUUCUCUUCCACCCCCUCCAUCCUGGAGCCCGUUCUGGCAGUGUGAAUGCAAACAACCCUAAAGGCCUAUAUCCACUAACUUGAACCAAUGGGGCUUCUCAGUAGACCUACGUGUAGGAUUACAUUUACUUAUAUUUAUUUAUUUUAGUUCAUAGGUAGGUCGUCCCCCCAAAUAGUCCAAGGUAAUCAGAUGAGCCCUUUUAUAGUAGAGCGGUGAAACUUUUAACCCCUCCUGAAGGACUAUAUUCCCUUUGUCAAACGGGACUUCUAAGCCUGCGGCCUCUGCAUUACCUGUUUUUCAGCCCUGUUGUUGCUCUUUUAAGAAACGCCCAAGGUGUUGUCCUUCUAGUCUUCUGUAUCAGCUAAAAUAGGCAGGAUGAAAGGAUGGCAAGUGGGUGAGAUAAUUCCCCCUGCUGGACCAGAGAGAGGGUGGGGGAAACCAUCAGAACCAAGAAGCUCUCAUGUCUUGCCUGGGGUGCAGGAAGUGCAACCACCUGAGAGCUUCACGCCCUUACGCAAAGCAAGAAAAAUUCAAAAAAAUAAGGAAACACCCUCAGCACCUUGUAAGUAAGCAGCAGGGCAAGGUAAACAGAAAUUUCUUCCUAUUCCUAAAGCAGAAUAAGAUAUAAAAAGCUCCCUGGCUAAGGCGGACACUUGUUUCGGUGAUUCUCAUUCCCUGUUCUGGAGUAUUGUUCUGGACUUUGAAUCCACUCUUAAUGAAAAUAAGAACAAAUAGUGCGCUACAUUAAAGAGUUGUCAUGAAGUUAACAGCCUGUGAGUUAUAUAGUAGCUGUUGAUGGAGUUUAUGGGAAAGGUCUGACUUUGCAAACCAUGCAUAUGACUUCCUUUCUGAAACUGAUUUUCUGGUUGGUACACAUGUAAAGAGGAAUGAAACAUACGUUUUUUUAAAAAGCCAGUUAACAGAAAUACUGCCUGAGGGAAAUGAGUUUAUCUCUUUUAAAAGCACUGUUUUCCUUCUAACACUGCAGCUGUGGCAUGGGUCAAAGACAGAGGGCUUAAAUCAGAAUUUUCCAAUUUUGGGUCUCUAGCUGUUGUUGGACUACAACUCCCAUCAUCCCUAGCUAGCAGGACCAGUGGUCAGGGGAGAUGGGAAUUGUAAUCCAAAAACAGCUGGAGACCCAAGUUUGGGAAACCCUGGCUUAAAUAGAUGACCUUCAGUUAUGUUCAGUUUGUGAUUCUGCUGCUUCAAGAAUGUUUUAAUAAAUCCAUGUCCUCCUCAAUGUCCUGCAGAAACCAUUAACUUUUAUCAAUUUACCAACAGAAUCAUAUAACCAGACUUGCUCACUUCUGUUUGAAACAGCUUUUGGCUAAGUUUAAGAAUUCUCGUCUUGAGUAAUAAGCUUUUUACCAUUCCCGCAUCUCACAAAUUCUGAACUGGCAUUUUUAAAUUUCCUCUGUCAAACCCAAAAUUUCAUGGAGUCAGACAGUGAUUGAAUUAAUCAUUGUACUAUCUGAUGAUGCUCCUGGAAAACCUGCAUUCAGGAUCAGUGGAUUUCAGUAGAUGGUGAGCAUCUACCCAUUGAAGCAGCCAGGUGCCACCUACUUCCCCUAGUCUAUGCAUGUCAAACGUCUGUAACCCUAUUCAGUGGUACCUUGGUUCUCAAACGCCUUGGUACUCAAACAACUUGGAACCCAAGCACUGAAAACCUGGAAGUAAGUGUCCCAGUUUGCGAACAUUUUUCAGAAAGCUGAACAUGCUCCGUUUUGAGUGUUACGCUGAGGUCUGUCUGCUUUUGCUAUUUAUUUUGCGUUUUUGUGGCUCUUUUUUGUUUUGUUUUUGUGACUGUGUGGAACCCAGUUCAGCUACUGAUUGAUUGAUUGAUUGAUUGAGUGACUGCAGUAAGUUGUUUAUUGCUUUCAUUUUAUGGAUCAAUGAAAUUGCUGUUUUAGGGGUUGUUUUUAAAACUCUGAAACGGAUUAAUCCAUUUUGCAUUACUUUCUAUGGGAAAGCGCGCCUUGGUUUUGGAACACUUUGGUUUUGAAACAGACUUCCGGAACGGAUUAAGUUUGAGAACGAAGGUACCACUGUACUGAUGUUCAAAUGAAUCUGUGUGAAUCAGGGGAUCAACUGAACAGAGCUAGAGAGAGCAGACUAGUUUGUCUGUUUCACAUUGUAUAAAGACACUAUGCCACUGACGUUGAACACCAGCAUAAAAAUACCACACAAGUAGAAAGGGAAUCUAGUUUGAAAUUAUAGUAGACAAAGGGAGGCCUCAACUUCAAAAACACAUUAUUGGGGUUUGUCAUGAACUUCCUUCUCCCCUUUUAUGCUGGAUCUUGAAAUUCUGGCAACCCUGUGUGGGGCACAACUCAGUUCUAUCAGCUGUUGCCAGUUUCCUGUGGACUGUUUGUGUUUUCCUCUUAAAGGCACUAGUUAGCUGCAUAUCUUUGGCACUGCUUUUUAUAUUUUAAAACCAGUUAUUAAGCUAAGAGACACCUUCCUGAAUCCAUGGCGGUGCCUGGCUCCUUGAGUAGCAUCCAGUUCGAUCGCAGGUGGAAUGGGAUACUACUUUGAGAUAAUUUGAUGUUAACAAGCCCUGGUGGUCAGUCGGAUUGUGUAAAUAAUUUUAUCAAGAUUAAAUACACUUAUUAUGUAGGUAGGAUAGAAAGGGGCUUCAUUUCUACUGACUUCGAGGGCUUAAAUGGUUGGCCUAAAUGAUCCAGGACCAGGAUAGUUGAAGGACUGCCUCUUCCACACACAUCUGCCUGCCUGCUUUUUUUAUCAUUGGAUUCCCUACUUGCCUCUUGUUGCCUUCAGAGGUACAUUUGAAUAUUCCCUGUCCAAUGUCCCAGCUAGUGGUGGUACCCAGUUUGUGGGAACGCCAUCCUCUUUUUUUCUUUUAUUUUUGGGUUACAUACUCAUUUAAUAACGGACGCGGGUGGCGCUGUGGGUAAAACCUCAGCGCCUAGGACUUGCCGAUCGUAUGGUCGGCGGUUCAAAUCCCCGCGGCGGGGUGAGCUCCCGUCUUUCGGUCCCAGCUCCUGCCCACCUAGCAGUUCGAAAGCACGUCAAAGUGCAAGUAGAUAAAUAGGUACCGCUUUAUAGCGGGAAGGUAAACGGCAUUUCCGUGUGCUGCGCUGGUGCUGGCUCACCCCAGAGCAGCUUUGUCACGCUGGCCAUGUGACCCGGAAGUGUCUCCGGACAGCGCUGGCCCCCGGCCUCUUAAGUGAGAUGGGCGCACAACCCUAGAGUCGGACACGACUGGCCCGUACGGGCAGGGGUACCUUUACCUUUUACUCAUUUAAUAAUUGCAGCUAAAACCAUGUUCACAGCAGGUUAAUUUUACAUUAAUUUACCCUCAAUGCCACCCAGAAAAUUAUGGCCUACUUAAACAUCAGGUGAGAAGGUAAACCUGUUUCUAGGGUAUAUCGCCUCAGACAUGGGGACUCACAUAUCUGAAUAUUCUUCCAUACCAAAAAGUCAUAGAAUCAUAGAAUUGUAAGGGACCGCGAGGGUCAUCUAGUCCAGCCCCAGCAGGAAUAUUUUGCCCAACAUGGGGCUCGAACCCAUGAUCUUGAGAUUAAGUGUUUCAUGCUCUACCAACUCAGCUACUCUCACUCACUUUAGUUACUGAAAUUUAGACAUACUAGUUUCCGUAUGUUGUGUUUGCCACUGUAUUUUUCUUCAUAUUAUUUCCUGCGUUUGUCUUUAAAAGUUUGAGGAACGCUUUCAGUAGGCAAAGGCAAAGGUUUACAAGACUACUGGGAAGUAGUCAUCUCAGAUUUCCAUGUUCACAAGUUACUAGUGUAGUAAAUAUUGCAUGCUUUUAUAAAGAGGUUGACUAUUGCCUCAUAGCUUUGGGUGGAACAGCUCAUUUUGUUUCCCUAGAUUAGGAACGGCGUUUUGUUAAUGUUUUAUCCUUUAGUGGGGACUUUUGUUCUGUGACUGAUUUCCUUCUUUCUAUCGAAUGCUUAUAAAGCAAAUGAAUAAAAGUGAGUAUCCUUGUCUAUAUAUUUUCAAACAUAAAAGGGCUGCUGUCAUUUCACAGGAGAUGACUCGAGAUUAGGUGGGUAUUUGAAAUAUUCACAUAAUGUUUUCUUUCAAUCUUUUAAAAAAUAAAAAAACUUGUUAGGCCGGUCGGUUGUGAUUUCAAGUCCACAUUUUUAACAAUAAAAUGAUACUGGAGACUGUGUUGAUAUAAAGUCUCUGUUAAGAUAAGAUGUGCUGGGUUUUUUUAAAAAAAAUAUUUUUCCCCCCUCAAAGCUUUUUCUCGUAAGUGAACCAUUGUCCACUUGCAGAGAGGUUACAGUGCUGUGGACUUUGUUCUGCAUUAUUAAUACAAGUGAACAGUUGAGCAGGAAUAAAUGAGGUACUUUGGGUAAGUAAAAAUGUGAGCCGACUGUCAGUGUGAGAUUGGUUCAAGGAGCAGUUAGCCAGCAGUAAUGGGGUACACUUGAGUAAUUGAAUUUGCAUAACAAGGCUUGCUGAAAAGAUCUGACAGGCGUAGAGAUUUGUCUGGCUGGAGCUCUCCAGAUGGAUGUGACCACGCAGCAGCUGGGUGGCACGUUGCUCAGCAUGGUCAGCAAUGCCCAGGCUGUCAGCUGCCCCAUGCAAUUGCAAAGCCCUGGCAGGCCAGCUGGUGGCUUCCAACAGACUAGGUCCCUGUUAGCUGAGUUUUCACAUUGCUUGUCAGCCCACUGGACCUGCAGGGACUUGCUGGCAGCAAACAUAACAAGUCGCCUCUGAGAAUAGUUAAAAAGCUUUAGAAAUCUGCUUUGGCUAUGUGGAUGCUGCUUUGCUUUGGAGGCACUCAGCCUCCCAGGAAUGCUUGCAGCUCUAGAACAAAGGUGAUGAAAACCUUUCUGUGUUUGUGUGCUAAGUAUGGGUCGUGGUUUAUCGUGAACCCUAUGUUUCGAAAUCUAUUCCCCCUACAUCUGAACCAAGGGAAUUAAAUUUGUUCCAAACACUGCAUCAUUUCGUCUUUCUCCUUUUGAUGAUGAUACUGAAGAUUGCAGGCUGACUGGAUAGGUAUGAAAUCAGAGGCUUUUUUUAAAUAAAAAAAAAAUGAGCACUACACUUAUUAAGUUUGCCAACAGAAAGUUGAUCUAUAUAUUUAUACAGAAUGAACUGGUAGAAUUCUGAGUUGUACCACUUCAGACUGCGUGCUAAGGGUCAAGCUUUUCUUAAAAUGGAAGCCCUUACGUAUAAAGUGAAAAUUUAUAUGGGUCUUCUCUCCCCAUGAGUUGAGGCUUAUUCUCUCAUAUAUAAGACUUCAGCAUUGUUAAAGAGCAGGGCUUUUUUCCCCAGCCACAACUCACCUGAACAUGUCAGAAGUAUUACCUAGGAGAACACUUUUGUAGAAUCUUUUAUAUCUCUUAUUUCAACAAAGAUUGAUUGACCAACUAGCUUAUAAAGAAACAUAUCAUCAACAGGAUGCAACUGGUUUUAGAAUCUGUGUUUGCAAUUUAUGCAUUAAAAAAAUGAAUAAUUUUUGUGUGCCAUUCCAGUUGCAAGAAAAGGACAUCCAAGUGGUUGAAACAAUUCCCUUAUGGGGAAAGGCUACAAGACUUGAGGCUUUUUACAUUAGAAAAAAGGUGUGUGAGUAGGAGGGUGCAAGAUAGAAAUGUAUGGAAUUAAGCAUGGUUUGGAGAAUGUGGACAGACACAGGAUUUCCCCCCUCUCUUGUCAUGAAGUUGAAUGUUGGAAGAGUCAGGACAGGCAAAUAAAGAACUCCACACCACCACCAAGCUAUACUAUGGAAUUUGCCCCCUACGAAGUAGCAAUGGCCACACAUUUGGAUGACCGUAAAAGUGCGGGUGGCACUGUGGUCUAAACCACUGAGCCUCUUCAUAAUGAUGGCUGACUGGGAACAGUUAUGGACCACAGGUAUGAAGUUUACGGCAUGCAAUGCCUUAAGAGAGAAUAUUAUGAAAAUGAUAUACAGGUGGUACAUAACCCCAGUCAAGCUUGUAAAAAUCUACCAUUUGCCCGAUAACAAAUGUUGGAAAUGUAAAGAAACUGAAGGUACAUUCUUUCACCUUUGGUGGACGUGCCCAAGGAUUAAGGUUUUCUGGGAGAUGAUUUAUAAUGAAUUAAAAAAGGUAUUUAAAUAUACCUUCUUGAAGAAACCAGAGGCCUUUCUCCUGGGCAUAGUCGGUGUUAAAGAAGGACAGAACUUUCUUUAUGUAUGCUACAACAGCAGCAAGAAUACUUAUUGCAAAGUAUUGGAAGACACAAGACCUACCCACUCUGGAAGAAUGGCAGAUGAAAAUGAUGGACUACAUGGAACUGGCGGAAAUGACUGGCAGAAUCCGAGACCAGGGAGAAGAGUCGGUGGAAGAAGAUUGGAAGAAAUUUAAAGACUAUUUACAGAAAUAUUGCAAAAUUAAUGAAUGUUAGAAUGAUGUUGGAUUGAAGUUAAGUGGUUUCUAGCUGUAAUGGUAUAAAAGAAUAUGGAAAAAUUGGAUUUUUAAUAGGUAAAAAUUUAAUGCUAUAAUAUAUUAAGAUUAAAGAUCAGGAUAAAAUAAGGAGGGAAAGGAAUUGCUGAACUAAUAAAUUGAACUGGAAUACAAAAAAGGGAGGCAUGAGGAGGUCCAGGAAACAAGUAAAUGAAAGAUAAGUGAUGAAAAGAUGGAAUUGUUUUUAACUGUUUUUUUUCUUUUUUAUUAUGUAAUAUUGUGAAAACUUUAAUAAAUAUUUAUGAAAAAAAAAAUAAACCACUGAGCCUCUUGGGCUUGCUGAUCAGAAGGUUGGCAGUUCAAAUCCCUGCUACGGGGUGAGCUCCCGUUGCUCUGUUCCAGCUCCUGCCAACCUAGCAGUUCGAAAGCACAUCAAAGUGCAAGUAGAUAAAUAGGUACCGCUCUGGCGGGAAGGUAAAUAGCGUUUCUGUGCACUGCUCUGGUCCGCCAGAAGCGGCUUAGUCAUGCUGGCCACAUGACCUGGAAAAACUGUCUGCGGAGAAAUGCCGGCUCCCUCGGCCAGUAAAGCGAGAUGAGCGCCGCAACCCCAGAUGCGCCCGCGACUGGACUUAAUGGUCAGGGAUGCCUUUACCUUUACCUUAAAAGAGGAUUAGACAGAUUCAUGGAGGAGAAGGAUAUCAACUGCUACCGGCCACGAUGGCUAUGUGCUACCUCCACUGUAGGAGACAGCAUGCCUCUGAAUACCUGUUGCUGAGAGUCGCAGGUAUGGAGGGCACUGUUGUGCUCAGGUCCUGCUUUGUCCCAAGGGCAUCUGGUUGACCACUGCAAGAACAGGAGGCCAGACUAGAUGGGUCUUUGGUCUGAUCCAGGAGGGCUUUUCUUAUACAGUGGUACCUCAGGUUACAUACGCUUCAGGUUACAGACUCCGCUAACCCAGAAAUAGUACCUUGGGUUAAGAACUUUGCUUCAGGCUGAGAACAGAAAUCACGUGGUGGUGGCGCGGCAGCAGCAGGAGGCCCCAUUAGCUAAAGUGGUGCUUCAGGUGAAGAACAGUUUCAGGUUAAGAACAGACCUCACCUCCGGAACGAAUUAAGUACUUAACCCGAGGUACCACGGUAUUCUUGGUUUGCACAUAAAUGCAUAUGAAUUAGAGAGCAUAGUGGGGAGCCUUUUUUCCCCCAUUGGGGGCCACAUGUUGACAGUGGAUGAGCCUUAAGCCCUUUCCCCCUGCCACCUCAUUUCCCCCCAUUUUUUCUUUCCUUGUCAUCCACGUAAAUUUAAGUCAGUGGCCCUAUGUGGGCAGCCUGUGGCUCAUCCCUGUAUUGGAUUAUCUAACAGCAUAUUGAUAAAAUAAAUAAAGAAUAAACAUGUUUAUUAUGACCAUGUAGCACUUUGGAGAUUAGUUACAUCCAGUGCUCCCCCCCCCAAAUGAAUGUUUAGGGGUACAGUGGUACCUUGGGUUAAGUACUUAAUUCGUUCCGGAGGUCCAUACUUAACCUGAAACUGUUCUUAACCUGAAGCACCAUUUUAGCUAAUGGGGCCUGCUGCUGCUGCUGCACCGCUGGAGCAUGAUUUCUGUUCUCAUCCUGAAGCAAAGUUCUUAACCUGAAGCGCUAUUUCUGCGUUAGCGGAGUCUGUAACCUGAAGCGUAUGUAACCUGAAGUGUAUGUAACCCGAGGUACCACUGUACUCUCAUUUUCCUACUCAUAUUGAAAUACUGCCCCUUAAUGAGGCCUUAAUGAGCUUAACUUCGAUUCACAAAAUGUUUAGGGGUCUGCGUACCCCCAGAAAAAAAGCACUGGUUACAUCAGUAUUUUGGUGCGUUUAUGGAGAGAGUCAGCAACUGGAUAAGAAACAUUUUCAAAAUGUAUACUUUUUAAAAACUAUUUACAAAACUGAUUGCACCUUACUUCAUGAGAAUUUAAUAUUUAAAAUACUUUAAGGCACACACACAAAAAAGGGACACGGGUGGCGCUGUGGGUUAAACCACAGAGCCUAGGACUUGCCGAUCAGAAGGUCGGCAGUUCGAAUCCCCACGACGGGGUGAGCUCCUGUUGCUCGGUCCCUGCUCCUGCCAACCUAGCAGUUCAAAAGCACGUCAAAGUGCAAGUAGAUAAAUAGGUACCGCUCCGGCGGGAAGAUAAACGGCGUUUCCGUGCACUGCUCUGGUUCGCCAGAAGCGGCUUAGUCAUGCUGGCCACAUGACCCGGAAGCUGUACGCCAGCUCCCUCGGCCAAUAAAGCAAGAUGAGCGCCGCAACCCCAGAGUUGGUCAUGACUGGACCUAAUGGUCAGGGGUCCCUUUACCUUUAAGGCACAAAAUAUGCCCUUUGAUGUCACACAUUUGCCCAUUUUGAAAUGAGUAAGUUCUAUCUGCUUAACUGUUUUGACAAGCAGCAGUCCUAACAAAUCUCUACCGGUUUUUAUACCUUUAUUGCGGCAGUAUGUAUUCCUAGGAGGAACAAUGUAUUGCAGUCUUGUGUGUUAGCAUUUGAAAUAUUUACAUUAGCUAGUCCUAAAACCUAUUCCCAGAAGGAGUGUUCAAUAUUCUUGAUACACAUAAUGUUUUCACUUUUAGUUAAUACUCUGGCAGUGUAUUUAUAUUGUGAGACAAGCUAAAUUAUAUCAUCUCGGUUUUCUCAUGCAUUGCAUUUUUCUCCAAAACUGCUUAUUAGAUGGUAAUGUGGAAGUAGUAUAAUAGGUUCCAUCAAAGCAAAAAUUUAUACCACUUUCUAUAAAAUUACAGGUAAUAGGACUGCUGCUUGCAUAAAUUAUUAUCCCAUUCCAUUCAUCAACUUCCAAAUGGAAGUUAAGCACUUUCAACCCAUUUAUCUUUAUGAUUAACUUUUAAAAUGUUUCCCAAACUACAUAAACUUCCAUAAAUUUUACCUGUAAUCCUCUUCCUCUUGGAAUUAUAUAUGCACCAGUAGUUUUUAGUUUCUUUUCUAUUGCAAAAUUGUUUUUAAAAAUCCUGAAGAUAUACUGCAUAAGAAAGUCAAGGAGAUUCCUUCUGUUUUUAUUACAACCUUAUGAUACUAAUGCGCUUUUGGAAUAUAUUAUAUAGUUUAAGAUUCACAACUUGAAUAAUAUGUUAAUAUAUGUGCUUGCUCUCCCUCCCUCCCCCCCCCAACACACUUUUAAACCAUUUCUGUUAAUUCUCCAGUAACUAGUGUUGGUUUACAGUUCCGGAUUAUGAAAAUCCAAAAUUUAGUGUAGCCUUGUUGAAGAACAUAGUUCCACAAUUCUCAGACCACCAGAAUCUGUACAUAGGUACAUAGGUACUCUGUUACUUUUAAUCUUCAUUCCAGCCUACAUUUUUGUUUUAAGUCUGCUCUUCAAUAAUAUCAUUUUAAAUAUUUGAUUGAACUUUUUUUUUUUCUAAAAGCAACUCUAAACCUUUUUUUUCCUUUUGACUCAGGUUUUUAAAGGCCCAUAAAAAUUGAAAUUGGUGUUCUUUUCUAGCUUUCUGAAAAGAUCUUAAGAAUUUUUAUAGGGAGCAUAUAAAACAAUUAGAGAACUCUCAAAGUAAGUUCAUGCCUACGGCAUAUGGUCUCCCUAAGCAUAUUCUUCAAAAUGGUUCUCCAGUUUCUGUGAUGACUUUUGGAAACUGUUGUACGUAGGAAAGAAAACUUUGUAUGUUAUUCAUCUUCAGUGGCAUAAUGGAAGUAUUAUUAUUAUUAUUAUUAUUUCAUUUGAUAGCACAACUCAAGCAGUUUCUGCCAUACCAGAUGUAGGUAUGAGUGUGUUCAGGCAAUUGUGCUAUUUCUUGCAAAGCUGACACAGACCAAAACCGUACCCAUAUUCAGAUCCAUCUGGGUUCAGGCCUCGCAAUGGGACUGAGUUGGUGUCAGUCACCAUGACUUCUGCUUCUUCCCAAAAGACUAAGCUGAGAGUAGCAUUGGGAGAGUGCUUUUUGGCCCUCUGGUGGUUACAUUAUGGGGUGUUUCAGGGUACUCUCUUAUCCCUGAUGCUAUUUAAUAUGUAUAUGAAGCUAUUGGGAGUGGUCAUUAGGAGUUUGGGGGCAAGAGCUCUAUUUCUCUGUAACAUCCAAAUCAGGAGAAGCCACGUAGGCGCCUCGACCAAUGCCUGGACUCAAUGGUGUGAUUGACAAGGGGAAAUAAGUUGAGCCUGAAACUGGCAAGAUGGAGGCAUUGUGGGUUAGUGGUUCCCAUUUCUAAGAAACUGGUCAAUUCCCUGUCUUAGGUGGCAUUACAUUUCCUUCUAAGGAGCAGGUACAUAGUCUGGGACUGCUUCUGGAUCCAGCUUUGUCACUGGAAACCCAGGUAACAUCAGUGGCUAGAACUUAUUUUUCCAGUUGUGCUUGGUAUGGCAGCUUUGAUGGUUCCUGGACUGGGAGACCUUGACCACAGUAAUUCAGGGAUUGGUGUCUUUGAGAUUUGAUUGCUGCAAUGUUGGCCUUCCCUUGUACUUGACUCAGAAUCUGUAGUUAUGGCAGAAGAUCCCAGGGUGGUUAAAAUGUACAUCGCCUCCCUUACAUAACAAAACACUGCGUUUUGUGCCGUUCAGGGUGGGGGUGUGGAAACCAAUUUCUGUAUGGUUUCCAUUUGCUGCCAAAUGUUUAAUUCACUUAUUUAUGUACAGCCAUCUGGCUCUAAACCACUUUGUGGCAUUUAAAUGGCUUGGAGGCGGCCAGUCAGAUGUUCUCUAAAGCAUUCAGCAUCUGUUUUUACACCUUUUGUAUACUACGGUUUUGCUAAGCUAACCAGUGCUAGCUUACUCUGUGUCUCAGUUAUAUAUACAGUGGUACCUCGGGUUACAGAUGCUUCAGGUUACAUACGCUUCAGGUUACAGACUCCGCUAACCCAGAAAUAGUACCUCGGGUUAAGAACUUUGCUUCAGGAAGAGAACAGAAAUCGUGUUCUGGCAGCACAGAGGCAGCAGGAGGCCCCAUUAGCUAAAGUGGUGCUUCAGGUUAAGAACAGUUUCAGGUUAAGAACGGACCUCCAGAACGAAUUAAGUUCUUAACCCGAGGUACCACUGUAUAAAAAAGGCCAAGUCACCUCAGCCUCUCUCUCAUAAAAGCCUGUUCAUGUGAACCAGUGUGUGUUCAGCUCCUUCCCUUCCCUGCCUCCAUGCUCCAGUUAGCCACUACUCUUCCCUGCAUUGAAAGCCAAGCUAGAAGUAUGUACAAGAAAUGCUUCCUUGUAGAGCAGUGCCAUUGCAUAGAGUGGAAGCAAAUUUUGGACCUUAUUUAUUCAAAACCCGUUCCUAAAUUAUGCCUGCAAGAGGCAAGGUAUUUUCCCCACCUCCUUUUGCUUCAAAGGUUGUGUGAUGGAAGAACAUAUUUUGCCCUGUAAAUUCUGUAAAUUGGGUACAGAAUACAAAUACAAAUACAGACUUGAGAAUACAUAAUAUCGUAUUGGACAUAGCGUUCCUAGCACUGGUAAAAGGUGCUGUCCAUGAUUCCUAACAAGUUUUCCUUUGGGCUAUCAAUGCCUGAAUCCAUGUUCUUACGUACAAGGGGAGCAUUUUGGUCUUGUCAUAUAUUUGCAGCUGUUUUAGUUAUUCAGUGAAACCACUCUUGUGUUUGUGGCAAGUCCAUAUGAAUAUGAACUGCCAAUAUUUUAUUAGUUGGUUGUGCUAAUAAAAGCAAAUCUAGGAAAUACCUGUCCUGCUGCAGCUAAUUGAGUAUUGCGAUUAAAAUCUUACGAUGAUAUGGAAGUAAAGGGAAGACUAUUUCUUACUCCAUCUUUCCCCCUGUCCUGGUUUUAUUGUACCACUUCGUAUUCUGUACCCAAAUGAGCUAUAUAGCCUGGAAUGUCUUUCUUUUAGGAGUCAUAGAGAAUAAUUUUCAUAGCUCUCCUUAAAUAUCAUCUUGGUUCUUAUAUCCUAUGAGGGAAUAAUUACACUUUGCUGAACAGAAGGUCUGAAUUUUAGGAUAGACCAUAAAUUUCUGCUGUGUCUGGAGACUGAAGUGUAUAUCAACGCAACUUCAUUUACCUGACAUCUAAAGAUCUUUCUAGUUAUCAUCUACAACCACAGUCUUGUUUGUUUUAAAAUUUAAUUUUUAGUGUUCUAAUUCCUGAACUCAUUGUUAAUGAUGCAAUACCCUGUUUGUCCCCUAGUAAGAACAGAAAUGCUUAUUGCCCAAGAGACAUACAACUCUGUUUUUGUUCUUUACUUUAACUUUUGAUAGCUAUGCAGCACUGCAGAGAAGUAUGCACAGUCCGAGGAAACACACUUUGUGUUUAACAUGUGCUCGAAUGUGCCAAACUAACAGUGCGUCUAUUUUAUGAUGACAUCUUCUGGAACACCUCUAAUGGAAAGGAGCUUUUGAGAUCUUUGGUGAGACAUUAAUGUACCACCACAUAUUUGAUUCACUCAACUGUGAAAAAAACAAAAUCUUAAUAUUUACAACAUACAGUGGUACCUCUGGUUACGAACGCUUCAGGUUACGAGCUCCGCUAACCUGGAAGUAGCUGCUCCUGGUUGCGAACUUUGCCCCAGGAUGCGAACAGAAAUUUCGUGCCGGACGUGCGCACGCAACGGGAGGCCCCAUUAGUGAAAGCGCGCCUCAGGAUAAGAACGGUUUCAGCUUAAGGACGGACCUCCGGAAUGAAUUAAGUUUGUAACCAGAGGUACCACUGUAUAGUCAUUUUACAAAAGUGACGUAUAUGUUUUUCUCCUUUCUGAGGGCAGCAUUUAGUGUUCACCUUUUUUUAAAUGAACAACAAUUCUAAAACGACUGUUUGAUCAGAUACUAUAUAUUACACCCAACAUACACCUAGCAUAUGCUAUCAGAUGACUUUACAGGUUUUUAAGAAAACACUGAAACUGAAGCAGUAGAUUUCCAAAAAUUCCCUUUUGCGUGUAUUGGUUUGUUUUUGGAUAGCUACUUCAUUGGUUUUUAGAUGUGUAAGAGACGCAGGCAAAAAUUAAAGCCAAGCAAACAUUAGCAGCAGUAUUCGGACAGCCGGGUUGCUUUCCUUCUCUGAGGUCAGCUUCACUGAGAUGAGAUUAAUCAGGUUGACAUUUCGUGCUGGUGGGUCAUGAACUGAUGAUAAUAGCAUUAAAUGGUGAUUCACUUGCUGUGGAAAGCACAGCUCAUUAUUCAGUCGGCAUAUUAAAUCAUCACCACAAACAACUGGUACUUUUACAUGUCGCUUUGCUCGCAUGCAAAGUGGAUAAGUCUCUCUUCACAUCCUAUAUUUAGCUCUACCCUUAAGUGUUCCCUGGUUCUAAUAGAAUAUAAAUAUAUUUGCUGAUAAAGGAAUGGUAGGAAUGCCCUUAGUUCAAGAACCUGCUUUUAUCUCUGUUUUUAUGAUAACGUUUUACUUUUUUAUUUGGAUUUGGAUUUUCUACAUAUCACUUAGAUUUUUCUGUAAAGAAAAAUGAAGUGCCAGCUUCUCAGCUGGCCUCAUGCUUGUGUUGAAAACAAUGGGGAAUAUAAUCUGAAAAUGCAAAGUGGGGUCUUGAUAUUUUUAUAAGCUAGAUUUUGAAAUGUAGCUUGCUGUUUUAAAAUAUACACAGGAAUCCCUUGGCCCUUUAAAAGUCCAAUCUCAUAUAUGUAUGUUUUGCAGAAGUGAAUCAGUAAGGCCAUUGAAUUCAAAGGGGCUUACUUGCAGGAGUUGCAGGGUUGCAGUUUAAAUUCUGCAAGUAAAAGAAGCUUUGUAGCAAACUACCAAAGUAGCUUAAACCACAAAUCAGAUACAGAACUUUUUGUGUAAAACAUUACGGUGUAUUUUUAGUCUCAGGUGGAAUUGUGCAAUUCUAACUUAGUCAAUGUGCUAUUUUAUGUUCACUUGUAUUUCUGAGUUGUACUUGACACUUUGUGUGGUUGUGAUGUAGAAAUCAGGAACUGACCUCAGUGGUUGGCAGAAAAAUACAAAUUUAACUCUUAAUGUUGACGGACUCUGAGGUUAAAACCUAGGCAGCUCCAUGCUGUCUGUCUGUAAAGGAAAGCAAGCUGGUAGGAGAGACUCCUAUGCCACUAGAGGUCAGUCUUUGGUAAUCAACCUUUAAUGAACCAGAACUGUCAGGAAAGCUAAUAAAUUACACUGUGGACUUUUCUAAUUAUGAAUUCCUAUUUAAUCAUUCACUGACAAGUUAACUGAGGCAGUAGUUCUAUGUACUUUGCAUACACAGUUAUGCUCAUGUAUUAUUAUAUUUCUUGAGAUGCAGGUCUUCCAUCAUAAGAACAGGUCAUUACCAAAGACUCUCUUAUCUAAUCAUAAUUACUUAUUAUGGGAAAUAAUUAACUUUGUUACCCUCUUGAUGCUACUCACAGCAAAAGAAAAUUCAUACUACCACCAAAAGGCAUUUUACAUAAAAGGCACAUUCUGAUUUCUGUGUAAUGGAGAAUGUUCAAAUAAAAAAAUACAGAGGAUCAGAUGUGUUUGAUUUCAGAUAGUGAGUUAUACUAUGCGUUAAUACUAUGACUGCAAUAGUAGAGAGACUAUAACCAAAGUAACUAGAGAAAAGAUGCUGCAUGAGAAUAGGUGUUCAAGGAGUAUGUAUAAGUAAUUUAAGCUAUUUAAAUCAAUGUUAAGGGUGAAAUCCAACAGACCUUUGCCUUUGCAAAUGGGAUUUGCCAUUCCUUCCCUCCAACCUACAGCCUUCACCCACCCAAAAAAAUUUGCUGUGGAGGAUUGAGGGAGUGUGGGGGCAGGACAGGAAUGGGAAUCUGAUUGUGUCUGCUGCUGCUGCAAUUUGGAUCUUGCUAUAAGUAAAUAUUUCAGUAAUGUGCAACUAUGUGAAUUAAUUGUUUCACUUUGGAUUUCUUUGCAAUCAGCCUUUUUAGGCGAAACCUCACAAGGCAUUCUCACAUGUCGGAGAACAUUUUUAAAAUAAGUGCAGAGUAAGGUAACUGUGUGUCCUGCUUUACAGAGUAUAAUUCUCAAUUUGAAGAAGAUGUCCGUUUGGUUUCAGUGUGGCUUAAACAGUGUGGCUUUAACACCUGUCCUGAAAGACCUACAUUGGCUCCCAGUACAUUUCCAAGCACAAUUCAAAGUGUUGGGUGCUGACCUUUAAAGCCCUAAAUGGCUUCGGCCCAGUAUACCUGAAGGAACAUCUCCACUUCCAUCGUUCAACUGAGGUCCGGCUCUGAGGGCCUUCUGGCAGUUCCCUCGCUGUGAUAAGUGAAAUUACAGGGAACCAGGCAGAGGGCCUUCUUGGUAGUGGCACCCUUCCUGUGUAGGGAUGCCAUAUUUCAAAAAGUAAAAUUCUGGACACCUGCAGAGUUAUUGAGCUUUUUUAAGGAAGAUUCCAUAAUUGUUGAGCUUUUUUGGGUAAACCUUUCCCCAAAGCUAUGUAUCAUGUUGCCAUACAUCCAGGUUUUCCCUGAUAUUUUGCCAAUUUGGCAACCCCCCCCGACAUGUGGCAAGCCAGUUCCUGUGGAACGCCUUCCCAUCAGAUAUCAAGGAGAUGAGUAACUUUAUAAUCUUUAGAAGACAUGUGAAGGCCGCCCUGCAUAGGGAAGUUUUAAUGUUUAAUGUUUUAUUAUGUUUUUGUAUAUGCCGGUAGCCUCCCAUAGUGAUUUGGGCAACCCAGUCAGAUGGCUGAGGUGCAAAUAAUAAAAUUAUUACUAUUAUUAUUAUUAUCCUCAAGAGCCAUAAGAAGUGAGACUUUGGGUCUUGAAGUUGCCUGCCAGCAGCUAGUACCUGGACAGCAGACUGAGCAGGUGCACAGGUCACCUUGUCACAAACCUUCCUACUGUGGCAUUUCAUCUUAAAUUAUAAUAAUAGUUUCUAAGUGUACAUCUAUACCAUAUAUAUUAGCAUAUAAGUGUGUGUCCUCUUUUGACCUCUUUGGCGAAGCAUGACCUCCUUUUGUCAAUGCUGGUGCAGAGCAAGUGCGAACCCUUCGCCAGCUACAAAAAUAAACCCUUAACUAAAUAAUUGCUUUACUGUAGCUUUAUUAGGUAGAAUGCUGUCAUGUUUGGAUUUUUCAAAAAUAAUAAUAAUCAAAAAUCCAUACCUUUAUUUUAUCAAAUCAGUUCUCUAAUUAGGAGUUAGAUAGCAAAAUAAGUUACCAUUUCAAUAUCUUUGAACAAGUGCAUUGAUUUCUAAAGCAACUUCUGAGUUAUAGUAUGACCAGGCAUUCUGUUCUGCAUGUUAAAAUGUAGGAAUUAAGCAUUGCAUUAAAAUGGUUAUCAUGAUGGUAACUGAUCAGUUUAUGUGUAAUCAAAGGAAAGGAACUGUUUACUGUCAUUAAAUGGACAUCAGUUGAGAUGAUAGCCUAGUUUAAUUUUUAAAAUAUAAUAUUCCUCAAGGAUAACUUUUCAGGGCUGAAAAGCAAUAUAUAGUUUUUAUAUAUAUAAAAAAAACCACCGUGAGUUUUUAUAAAUCUGCUUACAGAUUUUAUUGACUGCCCUUCAGUUUGGGAUUGGAUGCUGUUUGACUAAACAGAGAGGAACCUUCCAUAAUUAUACUGAUAGUAAAAGUUGCACAGUUUAGACAAAAGUCUCUUACUCCAUUUCCCUAAACAUGGGGCUGUUCUGGCCAGUUUAGGUUUUGUGAGAUCUCUUAAGUAGCUGGAGUCUUAAUGUUAGGCUCAGAGUAGAAGAUUCUGGGGUUUUGCCACAGACUCUUGCAAAGGACCAGUUCUCACAAUUCUGUUCGCCCUGUGGUGGCUUGGUUGAGUGAAACAGGUAUACCAGAUCAAUUGUUAUGGAUACAACAUUGUAUCUGCCAAUAACCUAUCAAGUUAAUGACAUUGAUUCAUAACUGCCAGGUCACCUGGCCAAAUGUGAAUUGAUUGUUCUGUUCUGCAAAUUGAAGGGUGCCAUUUAGCUGUUUUCCCAAAUGUGAUUUGUAAAAGUACCCAAAUAAUAGCUAAAAAGCAAAACUGUGAAGCAUUCGUGUACACAAGCUUUCUUUGCUCUGAAAUCCACACCUUUUUUUUUUAAACAACCUCACACACAUUUUAAAAUAUAAAAUACUGCAUGGGUGGAAAACUGACAAAUGACCAGCAAUGUAGAGUAUAUGUGUACAAGUCAUCCUAUUAAGAGUCUUGAUUUAAUAGCCAGCCAUCAUUUCUGGUUGUCCUCCUAAUCUUUUCCUCAAGACCUCUGAUACUACACAUAGAGAGUAUUCAGGAGUAGGAACCGAAGUGGUUUUCUCAUUUUGUGACAAGCCUUGGAGAUGCCUGGAAUGUUUCCAAUGCCUGGUGCAAACUGGGAGUGAUUGCUCCCAUCAGAUCUUUGUGUUGAUAUGUUUUAACUUGCUCUUGGAUUGUCUUUUGCAUUUAUAUGAUUUAUAUUGUGGUGGAUGUUGGCUACAAACAAUAACAACCUGACUGAUGGCUUGAGAUCUCUGUGUAUGCCAGAGGAAUUGCAGGGUACAAGUGAGUGUUGUCUUCUCUACCUGACACGUGAAGAGUCUAUGCUCCCUUCUGAGUUUAUUGCACUGUGUAGAGAAUUUACAGGUCAGGACGGAUAUCUCGCUUUCUGGUAACAGAAGGGUUACUAAAAAAGAAAGUUUAUUGUUCCCAGUUCCAUUGACCACCUAGCAGCCACAUUUCUGAUCCCCCGUCCUGUGGCCUGAGAUUGCAAUUGAACAAAUGUGAUAUGUGUGCACCAUUCUGGAACUUGUUGAAGGGCAGGAUGUAAAAUAAACACUUGCUUCCUAAAGUUUUCCUAGGUAGCCCUUUAAAAGCAGUCAAUUUCCCUUGAAAAGCAGUUGGGGAGAGGGGCUACACCACUGAAAGAAAUGCACAUUGUGAAAGCAUCAGCUUGGGGGUGUCUGGAUCACUGUGCAUGUUUAUAAAAAAUACAUUAGCCUCAAUAUUUGCCACCAUUUUAUUUGUGGGAAAUAGUUUUAACAGAACCUUGGGAGAUGUGUUCAGUUUUCCAUGUGCCUCUGGAAUCAUGCCCCAAUCCCAGUUUUGGUGUAUAUUUUAAGAGAGACUUUUGACAUUGGGGAGUGGACAGGAUCUAAACACUAAGAGAGGCAUCUCAUGCUAGGCAGGCAGAUUUUUCCUUUGCUAUGUCAUUGUAAUUUACACACUUGCCUGCCACUGUAGGUUUGGCCUUUCUCGCCCUACCUGGUAACUUUUCAAGUGCUGUCAUAUUUCUUUGCAUAGAGUGACCAGCAUAGAGCAUCAUGCUUUAUAAAUUGCAUCAUGCUAUCCUUAAUCUUGCUGGAUUGGUUUUUCCUGGUGCUAGAAUACCUUGUUGCUUUAUAUUCUUUUUUCGUAAUCUUUUGGUGCCUACAGACAUGCAUGGUGUGUAUUAACGACUUUUAAACAUCUUUGUCCCUAUUGGCCAAACUUUUUUUUAUUACAUUUACUAGACUUGUUUUCUGUCUCUAGGAUAUAUCUAACUUCCUCUGCAGUUUUACUGUUUGUUUUCUCCCACUCAUGUCCAUGGUCAAGUUCAAGCACUUUAAUCCUUAUAGCCACUCAGCACCUUCUUUUGAAGCAUAAAUCCUUUCAUUAUUGUUCUGUUCGGGUCAGGCAGUUUCCUUGAGUCUCCUGUAUGAGCUGCCUUGAAUGGCAAGUUUUACUUCUUAGUUUGUUUUUUUCUGGGCACACUGAAACAAUGACUGCAAGGCAAAUUCCCUGAUUCUUUGAAGUGUGUCAUAAUUAUCCCGUAUUUUUUCCAUAGAGUGAAAAAAGUAAAUGAAACCUAUGCUGAGUCACAUCACUAUAAAAAAUAAUAAUAAUUAGUAGGCUUCUAGCUGCAGCAGGAAUGUCCCUCAACCCUAAGCAGUAUACUUCGUUGUUUCUGAAGCCUGCAUUUGGAUUGUGUACAGCUUUGGAAAAUUCUAGAACUCUCUUUCUCUGAUUCUUCUUCCUCAUCCCUCUGAACAAGGGAUGACAGAGCAUCUUGCGGCUACUACAAAAGCAACAUCUUGGGAAUCUUUUUCUUUUCCGCUCAGCCUUGUCAAAAGUCUAUUGUCUGUGUCUCAGAAUACGUGGAAAUGAUAACUGGAUUUAGAGCAGUGGACCUCAGAAUCUCUACUUCAGAGACCCAGGAAUGAAACAUUGACCUGUGGGCCAUAUGCAACUUACGUUUACAUCUCCUCCCAACAACUUGGUGUCUACAAAGCAUCCUUAGCACUGAGAAAUGGAUGGUUCGCAGCACACAGUUUGGCCCCUAACAGGCUACAGAGUGAACAACAGCCAGAGAAGCUGACAACAAAAAUGUUCCGCUUCUAUAGUAAAUGUUUUAGUACAACUUAUUUGUAAUAGAGAUGUAUACUGCCUCUAUAAUGAUCAAGCUCUGAAUGGAAAUAUUUGUAAGGUGAGCUAAUUUCCUGAAAGCAUAUGAGUGCACAAACCCUACCGUACAAUUCUUCUUCUUAUGUAAUAAUAUUAUGCAAAUAUUUGUGGGGGGUUUUUUGUAGGUCCCUCUGGUGACACACUCUCAGUUUGAUUUGUGUCCCCACUGGGUAGGGAGAUCAUUAUUCUAGUGACAUGAGCACAAAGAGAGGGCUCUGAUAAUGCAAUGGAAGAUUAUGAUCUUCGAGAUUAAACAAAAUAAAGGAGAUAAAUAGGAUGAGAGGCUAAUCUGUUUUAAUUCUGGAAUGAUCUUUAAAAUAUGCCUUUUUCAAAGAAAAUAGAACUGUGUGUGUGUGUGUGUGUGUGUGUGUGUGUAUAUAUAUAUAUGAAUGAAAACAAUAAAAGUGUCAGUAAGUUGUGCUUUAAAAUAUAUCCCAGAGUAAAAAAAAAAGGCUGAUGCAAAAAUCUUUUCAGAAACAGAGCCUUUGGUGGUGGGAAGCCUGAUGUUCACAAAUCCUUAUUAAUAUACAAGUAUAUUUUUAAAUAUGCUUGCAUAGCACAGUUCUUUCUACUUCCUCUCCGUAUGGGUAGUUCUAAAGUCAGAUCAGCUCAUCUUUUACGGUAUUCUGUUGCUCUUUCAGCAGAAGUUGGGCCAUUGUGAUAUUUAUCUGAAUUCAAACAAGGCUAAUUAAAAGAGCUGCUGACAGUUGUUGUGAUCCGACUUUGACUGCAGCUUGAUGGUCAUUAUGGGUAAAUAAUGAACCAGGUCUGCAAAUGUAGCAGCUGCCAACUCGGGAUAGAAGAACAGCUAUUGCUACCAAUUUAAAGAUCUAUCGACCGCUUUCUUUUCUCCCUACAGAUCUUCUGCAGAAAUCUAGUGUUUUCUGCUGCUGUGUUUUUGUCAUUUUAGCUAUUGUAAAACUACCCUAUAAUUUCCUCCUUAAUAUUUAACUUAGUCCAUGAUUAGCUUUCAGAGUUAACUUUUCCAGUUAAAAGCUUACUUUGUUUCUUUUUAGGAAUUAGAUUCAGUUAUAAUUCCUUGCUAUUUAAAUGUUUUGCAUAUUUCAGUGCCAUCUUUUAAUUUGUGUGUUCAGCUAGCUCUCCUUUUCUUUGCUUAAACAGUCAGUAACAAAGUAAUUAUUUUCUAAACGUUUCCCACUGAUUGUCGUACACUGAGUUGCAGUAAUGAGUGGCUGUUCUUUAUGAUGCAUUCCCACAGCACUGAGACAAACCUGCUUUUUGUUUAUGUUUUGUUUUGAUUGCAUUGCUAAGGUAAGAAAUAAUCUGAUCUGGAGCUCUGCUUGUCAGUGCUGACUGAGAAACACAGACUUGUUCAUUAAGAUGCACUUCUGAAUACAUUGUCACUUCAUCAUGUUUUGCCUUGUCCCAUUAGCAAGCAGAAAACCUGCAGUAAAGGAAAUAAAGAUAGAUCGUAAUCGUAGAUGAAUCUAACUUUCUUACAGAAUCCCCCAUUAUAAAUGUAUCUCAGAAAUGUGUAAAAGUCCCAUUGUAGUUUCAGAUAUGUGCCUGUACUAAGAAAAGCCACACAACAUUUAUUUCAGCUGCCAUUAUUAAAGGCAAUGCACACAGGUAAAAUGUAGGAGUUUGCUUGUGCAUAAUGCAGCAGAACCAGAAAUCUUGCUGUGAGGAAAUGAUCCUAACGUGCCCCUAAAAGGAAAGACUUUCCUUGAGAAAUAAUGGUGAAAAAUGGUUCAUUUCAGUGUCUCUUUGUGUUUCAGAAGAAGAUUAAACUUUAUUUUGUUUUCUGCAGAGCCCUCUUGCUUGCUUGUUUGUGGAAAUACGUGUGUGUGUGCGCGCACACACAUAUGCUGCUGUUUUCCCUUCUAGGUGAAACCAGCAAUAUGUUAACAAGAGGUUAUGUUAUGCUACUUUAUGUUAAACCAGAUCACCCCUGAAACAUGUGUAGAGCCAUUCAUCUGUGUCACCAAAACCCAAGAGAACAGCUGACAUCGACUCUAAAACCGAAACAGUGAUCACUUACAAAUCAAACAUGGCACGCUCUAAACCGAUUGUGCACGGCAAUCUUUUCUCUAGAAAGGGCAACUAAUUGAACAUGAUAAAGUGUAAAGUUAAUUAACACUCUUAAAUUUGUUGAUUACUUUUCACGGGAUUAUAUUGUUCUGUUGAGUAGCAGCUUUCUGUCCCAGCUGUCGCCUUUUUAGCACGAAUGUCUCUGGUAAACAAUAGAGACACCAUGACAAGUCGUAAAUGGUCCCUGUGACAGCAGACCCUUGUGAGGCUACAUCUGUAGAAAAUGAUUAAAACAAUUGUAUUUUAAAGACAGUUCACAUAGCAGCCUGGUCCCCUCGGUCCUCUUCUUUAUCUCAUUUGAUGGUAGACUGGUUAAAACAUUUAAGUGCAUUUUAGUAAAUUAAGUGAUUUACUGGUUUCAGUGGAAUUAACCGUAAAUGCUGUUUUAAGGUGCUGUUCUGCUGAAAUGUAUGCGUAUGCUAGAUUCAAGAAGAUUUAUAUCUCUUGAACACACAUUUGGUUCAGUUGUAAAUGGAAUAAAGUUAAUGUUUGCAUAUCAUAGUUUGCAAAUACAUAGGAAAUAAUUCAAUCACUAACUUUGAACUUUAGCAACUAGCAUGUUACAUCUUAGUGUUUAUUUGUUUUUAAUAUUCAUUUUACAAUUUGGUUUCCUUAAGCAAAUGGUAAAAAUAUUUCUUGUGAUGCAGCAGGAAUUUCAAGGGGGGAAAUGUUCCAGGCUUUAAAGUCACAUAAGAACAAUUGCCAAAAACAACGAGGUGAUAGUAGCAAACUACAAUGGGUGCUAAUCCCUUAAAAUGCCUAUUUGCAAAAAAACCCAAAAAACCCUCCAUUUUCUUCCACUUCCAGAGGCACUGCAGGAAGAGCUUUAAUUUCCUUAAUAAAAAGUCAAGGAUGUAAAAUUGGAGAGGGUUGAAACUUUGACCUCCUUUUCCUUGGUGAUCUUGUUCAAACAACAAAUUAUGUUCAAAACUGUAGUGAUUGGUGCAAUGUGUUUGUAAUGAAGUAUUUGCAAAGCAAGAUUGUAACUGCUAGCUAUUCUCUAGGAAUCAAAUAUAAGGUAGAGCUUUAUGCAUUCAUAAUCUCUUUCCAAGGUAGAUUCAAGAUAAACAUAAUUUGAGACAUCUGCAAAUUUCUCCCAAGCCAGAGUCAAAGGAAAACUUUGGGGGCUCACCAAGCUUGCUAAUAAAAGAGGUGAGAUUUCAAACUCUGGAAUCCUUUUCUGGGUUGCAAUGGAAGGAUGGAGGUUGGAGGGGAGAAACCUCCCUACUUCCUUCUUCCCAGCACUGUACUUGCUGCUGCUGCUGCCAACACCACCAUGUUCUUUGAGUUAAAAGGAAGAUGGCAGAGUAUUAGGGGGUGCAGAAUUCUUCCGAACCUUCAGAAUAGCUUGGGAAAUCUUUCUAAGCUUUUCUAGAUUUAGUUAUUAUUUAUUCCCUUAUUAUUAGGUUGGAGGCAGACAAACUGUGCUGAACUUAAGUCCCACUCAUUUCAACAGAAACUAAGUCAUGACUAACUUGGCCCACUGAGACCCAAAAGGACACAACGUCCAUGAACUUAGUCUGGAUCCAGUUUAUUCCCCCCCCCCCCGCCCCCCGCUCCGAACUGAGAAAAUUCCCUGGCUAAUUCUUGAGAAAUAGCCUUGGAGAAUUCUCCUGUCUCUCUAACUAAUCAGUUUUGUUGUUGUUUAGUUGUUUAGUCGUGUCUGACUCUUCGUGACCCCAUGGACCAGAGCACGCCAGGCACUCCUGCCUUCCACUGCCUCCUGCAGUUUGGUCAGACUCAUGUUAGUAACUUCGAGAACACUGUCCAACCAUCUCGUCCUCUGUCGUCCCCUUCUCCUUGUGCCCCCCAUCUUUCCCAACAUCAGGGUCUUUUCCAGGGAGUCUUCUCUUCUCAUGAGGUGGCCAAAGUAUUGGAGCCUCAGCUUCAGGAUCAGUCCUUCCAGUGAGCACUCAGGGCUGAUUUCCUUCAGAAUGGAUAGGUUUGAUCUUCUUGCAGGCCAUGGGACUCUCAAGAGUCUCCUCCAGCACCAUGGGGGCAUGUCUUUUGUUAGGGUGCAGAACCUGUUUGUUAUGUAUUUUUGUUUAUUUUUAUUGAUUGGGUGGGGGCGGCUGCCCUUCCCUGCCUCCCCCCCUUGGCUAUGCCCAGGUAUACCUUUUUCAACCGUGGUGCCCUCCCUUACAGAACACCCUCUCAGUGGUGCCAUACUUAAGCACCAGGUUGAAGUUAUCGGUCUUUUCCUGACUUCUUUGUGUCGCACCUUUUUCAGAUUUCAUUAAGCUGUUUUUGUUUUGUUUCCUAUUAUGUUGUUUCUAUCCUGUUUGUCAAUGUUUAUGAGCCACCUUCAAGUUCCUUUUUUUUAAUUGGGAAGUGAGAUAUGAAUAUUUUAAGUAAAGAAACAAAAUUGCAAAUAUAUAUAUAUAUAUAUAUAGAUACAAAACCACUCAUAUAAAAAGCAAUUUCUAUCAGCUUUUUGGUCCUUAAAAAAAAAAAAAAGCUCACCCCAAAAAGCAUCAUCAACUAAAACUUUUUAGAAAAUCGAAAGGAAAAAACGAGAAAAGUGUUAAACAACAGGGGUACCCAGAAUGCUACUCUGCAUCAGGUUCUCUCCUUCCCACAAAAAGAACUAGUGGUGUGAGGUGAAUUUUUUUGUGGGGAACAGUUAGGGCCACACAAAACAUUUGAAAAGCUUGCUGAAACAUUAAAACCAGUAAGAACAUUAGAAGAGUCCUGCUAGAUCAGACCACAAGGCUCACCUGGUCCAGCAUUCUGUUCUUAGGCUAGCCAACAAGAUACUCCAGGAAGUCCACACAGGUAGAUCAUAAGCACAAUAACAGCUCUCCUCUCUCAUGAUUCUCAGCAGCUGGUGGUAUUCAGAGGCACACACCAGUUUAGUUUUACUCAGGGUAGAUCUAUUCAAAUCAAAGGAUGUAAAUAAGUCAUGCUCUUUAGUUUUAAUGAGUCUAAUCCAAACACAACAUUGGAUGCAAACCACUUUGUCUGAUGGUAGAAAUAGUAGAAAUUUGCAAUCAGUAGCCAUUAAUAGCCUUUUCUUCCACCAUUGGUGGUAGGCCCAAGAGCCUACUACCUGAGGACUACCUGAGGACCCCGGUGGCACUGCGGUCUAAACCACUGAGCUUCUUGGGCUUGCUGAUCAGAAGGUUGGCGGUUUGAAUCCCCUUAACGGAGUGAGCUCCUGUUGCUCUGUCCCAGCUCCCACCAACCUAGCAGUUUGAAAGCACACCAGUGCAAGUAGAUAAAUAGUUACCACUGCGGUGGGAAGGUAAACGGCGUUUCCAUGCACUCUGGUUUCCAUCACGGUGUUCCGUUGUGCCAGAAGCGGUUUAGUCAUGCUGGUCACAUGAUCGGGAAAACUAACUGUGAAUAAACGCCGGCUUCCUCGGCCUGAAAAGGAGUUGAGUGCCACAACCCCAUAAUUGCCUUUGACUGGACUUAGCCAUCCAGGGAUCCUUUACCUUUACCUGAGGACCCCAGUCAAUACAACAUCCGACCAAGCUGGCUUAACAGUGAGCGUUAUGUGUACUUUAUGUGUAUUUUUAUGAACUGAAUAUAGACACCGAGGCUUGGAGAGUGUGUGUAUGAACUUAACAGUGCUUAGCUUAUUUUUUGUUGCCAUUUUUUUAAUGUUGUUAAUAUUGCUUUAUAGAUUAUAAAUGCCAUAUGGAUUUGUUAAUCCUAUAAUAUGACUUUUGCUGCAAUAGUGAUGUUUAGCUUAUUUUUCGACUGCUGUUUUCUUAAUAAAUUGUAAUUAUUUUAUUGGUGGUUUGUUAAUUAUUUUAUACGAUUUAUGCUGCAUUUGUGAUAUUCUUUUUUUUUUUAAUGGUUUGUAAGUGGCUUUGAGGUUCCUUUGAAUGAAAAGCCGCAUAGAAAUACAAUAAAUCGAAUCAGUGCCUUUGUACUUGUUGCAUUGAACUCCACAGCAUUACAGUGGUACCUCAGGUUAAGUACUUAAUUCGUUCCGGAGGUCCGUUCUUAACCUGAAACUGUUCUUAAACUGAAGCACCACUUGAGCUAAUGGGGCCUCCUGCUGCCGCCGCGCCGCCGGAGCACAAUUUCUGUUCCCAUCCUGAAGCAAAGUUCUUAACCUGAAGCACUAUUUCUGGGUUAGUGGAGUCUGUAACCUGAAGCAUAUGUAACCUGAAGUGUAUGUAACCCGAGGUACCACUGUGCUUCUGUGUCUUCACGUUCUUGCAUCAUUAAGUAGUUGCGAAUAGAGUGACCUGAAAAGAAGCUAAAUUCCAUUAUGUGUUGCUGUUUUGAACUUUAGGUGUUGGAGCUGCCCGAGCAGGAAACCUUACCUUCAUGGUUGGAGGAGUAGAGCAAGAGUUUGAUGCUGCAAAGGAGCUGCUUACAUGUAUGGGUUCCAAUGUGGUCUACUGUGGAGAGGUUGGAACUGGACAGGUACAGACUGAAAAAAAAUCCUAGACAUUUCUUGCCAUCUUUCCACAGACAGGCUUAGACUAUCUUUUUCCUUGUUUAGGGAAGUUUUUAAUGUUUUAUUCUGUUUAAUAUUCUGUUGGGAGCCGCCCAGGGUGGCUGGGGAAACUCAGCCAGAUGGGCGGGCUAUAAAUAAGUUAUUGUUGUUGUUUCAAUGUGUCCUUGGUUACUAAGUUGUCAUAUUGCCUUUUCAUCCUGUCGCGUUUGUGAUUAUUUUGGGGGGAGUGGUGGUGGUAGGGUUUUAUGGUUUAUUUGACCUUAUUCUCUAUAUCAGGCUUCCUCAAACUGGGCCCUCCAGAUGUUUUUGGCCUACAACUCCCAUAAUCCUUAGCUAGCAGGACCAGUGGUCAGAGAUGGUGGGAACUGAAGUCUCAAAACAUCUGGAGGGCUGAGUUUGAGGAAGCCUGCUCUAUAUCAACAUUGAACUGGGAAAUGGUAUAGAAGACUUUAAGAUAACCAGUUAAGGAUGAAGAUGCCUGGAAUACUUCUUAGAUCAAUUUGUAUAUCACAGAAUAAGCAAAGGUCUAAUUCCUGGGAUGCGGGUGGGACACGGGUGGCACUGUGGGUUAAACACAGAGCCUAGGACUUGCCGAUCAGAAGGUCGACGGUUCGAAUCCCCGCGAUGGGGUCAACCUAGCAGUUCGAAAGUACAUCAGAGUGCAAGUAGAUAAAUAGGUACCGCUCCGGCAGGAAGGUAAACGGCAUUUCCGUGCACUGCUCUGGUUCGCCAGAAGUGGCUUAGUCAUGCUGGCCACAUGACCCGGAAGCUGUACGCCGGCUUCCUCAGCGAGAUGAGCACCGCAACCCCAGAGUCGGCCAUGACUGGACCUAAUGGUCAGGGGUCCCUUUACCUUAAGUCCUGGGAUGCAUGUAUUGGUUUACAGUGGAAGAUAAACCAAGAUGAAUAACUAUACAACCUUUAGAAGUUGUACGGAGGCAGCCCCUGUAUAGGAACGUUUUAAAUGUUUAAUGUUUUAUUACGUUUUUGUAAAUGCUGGAAGCUGCCGAAAGUGGCUGGGGUAACCCAGUCAGAUGGGUGGGGUACAAAUAUUCUUGUUUACUUCUCACUUUGUUAACUGAAUAAUAAACGUAUCGUGAUUGGUGGCGCAUAAAACAGAAUAUGUACCUACCAUCUUUUCAGUCCAUUCUAUGGCGGUUUCUGCUUACACAUCCAAACCUAUAAGCACUUAUUUGUUGCAGUUUGCUAACUCUACUUCUCUGGUUGGUUACUAGACAGUGGCAUCAACAGAUUGUCAACAAGAACAAAUAUUUAUACAGUUCUUUUAAAAGUGCAAUAAUGCAGAUGACUGUUAAUGUCUGAGGCAUACCAAAUCAAAUUACUGUGCAAGUGUGCCAAAAAUUGUUUUGCAGCUUUUGAUAUCAUUGCCCUUGAAAACAUGUUGCUGUCUGUUCUAGGGACUGGCUGUGGAGCAAAUGCAUUCAUAAUAGAAUUUGAGUUCCUGUUGGAUAGUUAUCUGGAUAGCAGAAAUUCAUGGGGUGUUGAAUUUCUUUUCAGGCUGCAAAAAUCUGCAACAACAUGUUAUUAGCCAUUAGUAUGAUUGGAACUGCUGAGGCCAUGAAUCUUGGAAUCAGGUAUGUUUGCAUUUUAUGAUAUCCUUUUUAUAUCGGUUUGUGUUUAUGUGUUUUUCUGACUGACUCCUCUAUGGGGGAAGAAUGAUGUUUCAGAAAUGUAGAUUAACAGCUGUUUGCAGCAUAAGUGUAGUAUUUCAUUAUUGCAAUGCUUCCCCCCCCCCCCACGAAAAAAACCCCAACCCCGACAACCUUGUUUGUUAAUCUAGGCUAGGAUUUCAGGAAGAAGGAACAUUAUUUAUAAAGACCAUAAAAUGAAGUUACAUUUUGAUAUUGAUAUAUAUAGGAGCUCUUUUUCUUAUUUUCAGACGAAACAUGAAACAGAUAAAGAAUAAUGGGUGCAACUACUUGCAAAAGACAAAGGGUUUUAAAAUUAUUAUUCACACAAUUAUGUGAUCUAGAAGUUUGCAGUUGUGUGAACUCCCCCGUAUGCAGCGUUGACAUUCAACUGCCACAUUUUGAAACAUGCUUUGUGGCAUCAUGUCCUGUAUCUACUAACUGCUGAGCAUGCACUUACUAAGCUGGCAAGGUUUCUGGGAAGCCCCAGACAUGGGAAUUCCUGUCUUACUUUCUUUCUACUUGAUCCUUGACUCUGAAAACCGCAAUAGAUAUUAAAUAAUAGUUGCAUCCCUGUGAUUAUAAACCGCAGCAAACCCAGGUUUGUUCCCAACAUAGCAUUAGUGUUGCUUUUGUUGCUUUUUAUUAAAGUGGUACCUCAGGUUACGACCACCUCAGGUUACAAUCAUUUCGGGUUACAGACUCCGCUAACCUGGAAGUAGUACCUCGGGUUAAGAACUUUACCUCAGGAUGAGAACAGAAAUCGCACGCCAGUGGCGUGCCAACAGCAGGAGGGCCCGUUAGCUAAAGUGAUACCUCAGGUUAAGAAUGGUUGCAGGUUAAGAACGGACCUCCGGAACGAAUUAAGUUCGUAACCAAAACUUGAACACUGCAAACCCAGAAGUAAAUGCUUCCGUUUUCGAACGUGCCUCGGAAGUCAAACAUCUUCCGCUGCGUGUUUCUCACUUUUCUGAUUUGAAUUUGCAGACUGCCAUUUGUGCCUUGGUUUUCGAACAUUUCGGAACUCGAACGGUUUUCCGGAAUGGAUUACAUUCGAAAACCGAGAUACCACUGUAUUUAUAAAACUGCCUCCAGUACACUGGCUGCUGUACAUUAGUCAGAGGACUAAUGGUCACUGUGAAGUUGCAUCUUCAUGACAAGAGCAAAACAAACCUGGACCCAUCAAUUGGCCUGAGAAGGAGAAACUGUAGGGAAGUUGGUCUAAAGGCUGCUGAGUUGGGAGAGGGAGGGUUGCUUUAUGUUACUUCAGUCUGUCACAAGCCAUUUUGAGGAUCAUUGGAUUGACAGGUGGGUUAUAAAUUUUCUAAAUAUUCUUCCAUAUUCUGACACAAUAGCAAAUAGCCACAGUGCUUCCCUGUCUCAAAUCUGCACCCAGUUCUGUUUUAUGUGAAAAAUGGAAAAAUUGCUGCUGCUGUUGAUUCCUUGUUUUUUAAUAUUUUGACAAGUGUAGAUCACAGUCCAUUCUGGUGGCUCCUAUGUAUAGAGAAGUACAGAUAAGGAUCUCAGUCAGUAAGAAUCUUGCCUUGAGAUAUAGGAGUCUGUUUCUCCUUGCAGAAAAUCUAUCUCACCACAGCAUGAUUGAUCAUGUAAAAAGUCCAGAGACAGAGGUUGUUUACAUUCUAGCCAUUUUCUUUAGAAUUAAUGCCAUUCAUUCACUAGUUGGAGAGUCUGGAUGAAGUCAUUGUCAUACCAUUGCAAUCUAGUCUUUUCCCCUGCUGUCUUCCCCUAUUUUUAAAAACCUGCUUUGACUGGACAGACUGUCCAGUAUGGACUGGUUAAGUACCACUGAAACAUUUCUCUGAUACUGGGCCUUUAAUAAUGUCCUGAUAGUUGCUGGCCACAGCAAUCAUUCCCAUAGUUAACUGUUUUCUACUUAUAACCUGAACAAUACCAUUGUUUAGGAUAGUAAAAAACAAAAUUAAGAAAAUUAUCACAAAGGUCAUUCUACAAAUAAGAAGCAUGACUUUUUUAAAUAACUAAACAGCAUGACAUUUGUGCCCUCAGCUAUCUGGAAAUAACAUAUAUUAAGAUCAUGGCCAUGGGCAAGAUGCAUUAAGGGAUUUUUAUGGAGAUUAUAGUGUCAUCUUAAGUCUCAUGCGGAAACAAUGCAUUUUGUUUUCCUUUAAAAAGAAUCUGCAUCUAAUUGAUUGCAGAAGUGCCUCGGUUUUGUUAAAGGGCUGUACUGUGGGAGAAGAUCCAUGUGUUGGUAGAUCAGUGUGGAAGUUUUAGAAAAGUAGGGACAUCACUGGCACCAUGAACUAUGGGAUGUGUAGACCUACAGCAACAUAUAUGAGCAUUAAUGUAAGCUGUGAGUUGACGAAAGGCUUUGAGAACAAAUAACUGACCCUCCAUAUUCCUAUGCCUUAAUGCAAAGGUAGGCAAUUGCAUGUUAUCCAAUCAUCCUUGGCCACCAUGCUGGCAAGGGUUGGUGGGAGUUGUAGUUGGACAACAUCUGGAGAACACUAUGUUAGCUAUUCCUGCAUCAAUGUAUGGAAUGCCCUAUCAGUUUAAUUCCCCACUCCAAGAAUGAGCUUCCUCCCUCUUCUGUGAAGCAUAUUCUCUAUGACUAGGCUAGAAACCGACCGAUGGGACUUUCUGUUGACUUCUCUCAUUGUCUUAUUUUAUCUUGGCUCAUUUAAAAUGUGACGUCCUGAAAUACAUGCUACAAAACACUUUAAUAAAAAACCUCACACACCAUGAAAAGGAGGCUAGCAAUUAGACUACAAGUAAGGUAUUGCUAAUUCAGCACUCAGGAAAUGUAAUUGCUCGGUUUGCUUACUUUAGCUGAAUCAAAAGUGUGGAGAACACUGCCGCCACUGAAACAAUGUCCAAGCUCUGCUGUUACAUAGUCUUCCGCCUGAGCCCUGCAUGGAGCUGUCCAGGGUGCCGCUGAAGCCUCACCUGGAACAUGCCGGGUCCAUUGCUCAAAAGAGAACAAUGGUUUUCCAUCCCCCACCACCACACAAUUUUGUCAGUCAGCGUUCGGUGUGUACUGAGCAUGCUCAGUUUUCAUUGAACUUUUUUUUGUGUGGGAGAGAGGUUUCCAAGGGGAGAGUUGGGAGAUGUUGGGUAAGUACAAUGGGUGCCCAGUUCAAGCUACAACAAGAUAUUUCAUUUCUCCCUUGAUUGCUAUAGCAAGCUCUCACUUCCAUUACAGUACUUCUUAAUGUGGACCAGGAAAAGGCCUAUACAGACACUGGAAUGGUUCUCUCUACCCUUUUUAUAUCUAUUUCCCCCCUCCAUCCUCUGUUCCCAAGUUACUCCAUUCUAUUCCUCCUCUCCCCAGUGUGGUGUAGUGGUUAAGAGUGUUAGACUCGUAAUCUGGUGAACCCAGUUUGGGUCUCUGCUCCUCCACAUGCAGCUGCUGGGUGACCUUGGGCUAGUCACACUUCUCUGAAGUCUCUCAGCCUCACUCACCUCACAGAGUGUGUGUUGUGGGGGAGGAAGGGAAAGGAGAAUGUUAGCCGCUUUGAGACUCCUUCAGGUAGUGAUAAAGCAGGAUAUCAAAUCCAAACUCUUCUUCUUCUUCACUCCUUUUUUGUUUUUGUUUUCUCUUGCUAACCAUUCAACUUUCCAUGGGCAUGGGGGGAUGCAGAUGGCACUGUGCUCUAAACCACUGAUCCUCUUGGGCUUGCCAAUCAGGAGGUCGGCCAUUCAAAUCCCCGUGACAGGGUGAGCUCAUGUUGUUCUGUCCCAGCUCCUGCCAACCUAGCAGUUUGAAAGCACACCACUGCAAGUAGAUAAAUAGGUACUGCUGCAGCAGGAAGGUAAACAGUGUUUUUGUGUGCUCUGGUUUCCAUCACGGUGUUCCAUUGCGCCAGAAGCAGUUUAGUCAUGCUGGCCACAUGACACAGAAAGCUGUCUGCGGACAAAUGCCAGCUCCCUUGGCCUGAAAGUGAGAUGAGCACCACACCCCAUAGUUGCCUUUGACUGGACUUAACUGUCCAGGGGUCCUUUCCCUUUCCCUUUUACCUUUUACCUUUUCCAUGGGCAUUAAGCAUAUUAAGCACUCCUUGGCCCAUUUGCAAUGGAGAGUUCUCUCACCUUUCCCCCAGGUUUCCCCCUUAGGAUUUGCAAACUCUGAACUGCAUAGCUGUUGCUAUUUGGGAUACAAAAACAAGGACACUCAAAAAAUUGAAUUGGAACAAGGAUAAGGGAUGGUUUAAAGCAAUUUAUACUUAUGUUCAAUGUCUAUCCUGCAGUUUCGUUUUGUUCUUUAAAAAAAUUUUUUUUAAUUGUGUUUAACUAUUUUUCUAGCCAUGUAUUCCAGAUCUUAUAGUUUGCAUACCGUUAAGCAUAACUCCCUCCUGUAGUGAGCCAUUAGCUAUUCCUUGGACCAUCUAGCCAAUCCUCUUAAACUCGAUUUUGCCAGCUAAUUCAGUUCUCAGUUCUCAAACCUUCAUUGGCAUAUAUACAAGAUUCCAGUAAGGUUCAGUACAAUCAAAUCACUCGGCAAAAUCUGCAUCUAACACUUAAGUUAAUGUUGUAUAGCAUUCACGCGUGUUGCAUAAACCUGGCUACUAGAGUCGUACCUUGGUUGACAAACACCUUAGCAGUCGAAUGUUUUGGCUCUCAAACGCCGCAAACCUGGAAGUGAGUGUUCCAGUUUGCGAAUGUUCUUUUGGAAGCCGAAUGUCCGCCGUGAAUGUCCGCCAUGUCUUAGUUUUCGAACCAUUUUGGGAGUCAAACAGACUUCUGGAACAGAUUAAAUUAGAGAACCAAGGUAUGACUGUAUCUCCAUUUUAUCCCUGUCCUGAGUAAAGAUGAGGAAGGCUAUCUUACAUUUCAACUGCUUCUACCAGUUCACUAAGGAAGGUGGGUAGGCACUGGGGUGGAUAGUACAGCGGCAAGAUCUCUGUUCUGCUUCUGCCACCCAUCACUUAAGUACAAACCCUCGCAUCCAGCUCCCACAUGGAAUGACGUUUAUUAAUUAAACUGAGAGAGAUUAUUGUUGUUAAGAGAUUGAUUCCCUGUCAACAUAUUUAUGAUUUUCUGCUCUACAUGUCGUAUGUAGUGAUGUGCUUCCUUAUGAACAGUAUACAUUUAAUUUAACUUUGCAGUCUUUGACCGUUUUGUUCCUAUAUAUUGCGAGGGUUUCAGUAAUGUUGACCACAUUGUUUUAUAUUUGUCGUUUCAGUUGCUCUCUAGGACCUGUGUACCCUGUAAAUACUUGUGGGUCCUGAUCCUAAAUAAUAAAUUCCUGUUUUGAUAUUGGCGAAGAUAAUAAGAAACACAUGAGUGUAUGCAAAGCUGUAUAUAUAUAUAAAUGUAUAUUAACACAUGCACACACAUGUACCCAAAAGGCAGGAUAAUGGAUUCACAUUUCCUCUUAAUUACCAUAUCAAGAUGCAGUUGUUUUAUUGAAUUGCCCUUGUCUCAGAUGUUAGACUAUCUUGACCUAUUAAGUUGUCAUGUUGUAAUUGAGAUAAAAGAGGAAUUUGCUUUGCAUCAGUGCUAAUUGGUUUAUCAAUAUCCUCUACCAUUUACAUUUUAAAAUUGAGCAUCUGUAAGAUAGGGAAGCGUAUCUUUAACAAGCCAUAAUAAAACCCAUAAGGUGGUAUAGUGCUGUUGUAAUUGAGGAUUGUAAAGCUGUAUCAUAGUCAGUUUUAAGUCAUGGUUUGCUUAAUGAAAAAUCAAUCACCUAUGACUUCAUUGUAUUUAGUUCAAGUAGAAACUCACAUUUUCUGUUAUAAAAAAUAUUCAGUAGCCUGCAGUAUCUGGCACCAUAAUGCUAUGCAACCCUAAUUGGUUUUUGCAGCCACUGUAGCGUGCAAGUAUCUCUGGGUUUUCAUAUUCCAGGUUAAGGUUUGUGGUGCAAAUUUGGAUUCUGUUUAGGUUCUGACUGCUUUGAUUGAUGCCAGGUUUAAGGAAUUCUAUGAGUCUUAGCCCACAUCAUUAGCAAUGCAGCAUUGUCUGCAGUCUAAAUUAUCUGCCUCUCCUGAGCAUAAGUCUGCCCCUAUUGCCAGGUUGCAUAAAGAGAAAGCAUUUCUAUCUUGAAGAAAAUGAAAUGGUGGAAAGAGACUUCUCGAGGCAACAACAUUCCCAGUCAUGGUGAGUGUGACACUCUCGCCUAUGUGUCUUUCUCCUGCCCCCAGAGCGGAGAACUAGACUAGUCCAUAAGCUAUGCUUCCAAGUCUAUAACACAGGAUAAAUGGCCCUGCUUCUUACCUUUCCCUGCUAUCUCCCCCGCCCUACCUACUAUGUGUAUACAAAUCUAAGAGGAUCUGAGCAGAGAAAUAUUGCUGGUAUUUGUUACUUCCUACGUGUAGAGAAGGAGGUCAUGCAUAUAAUCAGCCUGGGGUGUGUGUGUUUGUGUGUGUGUGUGUGUGUGUGUGUGUGUGUGUGUAUAUAUAUAUAUAUAAAUAGAGAUAGAGAGAGAGAGUGUGUGUUGUUGUUUAGUCGUCUUAGUUGUGUUCGACUCUCCGUGACCCCAUGAACCAGAGCAUGCCUUGGAGAAACUCACUUUCUUCUCAAAGCUUCUCCUUUUUUAUGUCCAUGGAGUUUUCUUGGCAAAAUACUGGAGUGGUUUGUCAGUUCCUUCGCCAGGUGGGUCACAUUUAGUCUAAACUCUUGGCUAUGACCUGUCCAUCUUGAGCAGCCCUGCCUGGCAUAGCUCAUAGCUUCUCGUAGUCGUUCAAGCCCCUUCACCACAAGGCAGUGAUCCAUGAAGGGUGUGUGUGUGUGUGUGUGUGUAUUCACACACAAUUAGUGAAUUGAUGCAACUGCUAAUAGAACAGAUCUGUGUGAGCAAAGUCUUACAGAAAGCAUUGAGAUUUGGUUUAAGUUUCAUUUUAUGCAGAUAUAAAUGACUUUGACUUCUAGGAAUGUAGGAAGAUGCUUUAUUGUGAGUCAGACCAUUGGUCCAUCUAGGUCAGUUUUAUCUGCUCAAGUGUGGCGAGCCCUUGUGGCCAACCCUCUGGUGGGGAGGGGGCAUGUCAGCGGCACUUAGGACCAAACCAAAAGCAGGUGGGGACAUCCUAUGUGCACCAUGCACGCAUACACACACAAUCCUGUGAUCUGGCAAAAGAGGAGAACAAUCUCUUUAUCCAUGGGUUGCAGUUUUGAAAAUAGCUCUUUCUCAGCAUGCAGCACAGGAACACUACAAUCCGCCCAAGGAGACUCUUCCUUCUUGGGCAAGUCAUAACAUAGAAGCCAGAAGAUGCAUGGGGGCUGAGGAGAGGCUGUUGGGCUGCUACAAAAGGCCAUCACAUGGGUCAACUUCCCUGCCUCUCAUUUGCACUGAAUAGCACUGACCUUUAAAGCCCUAAAUGGCCUCGGUCCAGUAUACCUGAAGGAGCGUCUCCACCCCCAUCGUUCUGCCCGGACACUGAGGUCCAGCUCCAAGGGCCUUCUGGUGGUUUCCUUGCUGCAAGAAACCAAGCUACAGGGAACCAGGCAGAGGCCCUUCUCGGUAGUGGCACCCUCCCUGUGGAACGCUCUCCCACCAGAUGUCAAAGAGAAAAACAACUACAUUUAGAAGACAUCUGAAGGCAGCCCUGUUUAGGGAAGCUUUUAAUGUUUAAUAGGUUGUUGUAUUUUAAUAUUCUGUUGGAAGCCGCCCAGAGUGGCUGGGGAAACCCAGCCAGAUGGGCGGGGUAUAAAUAAUAAAUUAUUAUUAUAGCAGGGGCUUUCCAGGAUUACAGACAGGAAUAUUUCCGAGGCUUAUCUAAAGAUGGCAGGAUUGAACUGGGUUGGGGUUUUUUUCCCCACGUAGGCAUAUUUUCUACCACUGAACAUGGCUCUUUCCAUUUUACAAGAAGGCACACGAGUUUUCUUCCUCCAGAAAACGUUUGACCCAAAUCUGUUUAGUCUUCAAACAGUGUCUUUCUUUCAGUUUUAUUUUCUGUUCUAAAACAUUUUACAAAUGUGGGUGCGGCUGGAUCUCACGGUUGGCCAAUCUGCAUGUGAAAACCAUUUCCUAGCCAACAGUGGUCAAGUUAUUCUAAUCAUAAAUACUCACCGGAUUUUGGGCAUUGUCCUUUGGAACUAUUAGCGGGUUGAAUUAGUAACUAGUCCAAGAUGGUGCAUGUUUCCUUCUAACCUUGGCUGCUAAACCAUGGAGUCAUUUCACCAUCUGCUGUGCCCAUUUGCAUGUAUGUUCAGAAACGGUGGUCCACUGUCUUGUAGCAAAGCUGCACAAUGAAGCGUAACGGUUGGGAACACUUGGCAAUCCAUCUUGCUCUUUAGAAGUUCUCAUGCCUGUUAAUGAAAGUUGAUAUUGCUGGGUGGGUGGGGGGUUAUUUUAAAAAAUCCUGUAAAGUGUUAUGAACUUUGAAUGCUGGUUUCUUGCCUAAGGAACAAUAAAUGCAAAAAUUAGGCUAGUUGCGAAGGAUACUGGAAUACAGCUCUUCACACCCAUUGAAGGAUCACUAAUGUGUGCAUGAGAUCAGAAAAUGCACAGAAGUGAUGCUAGAUUGUGAAGGAUUGGCUCCCACCCACAGUAUCAGGUAAUAGCACAUCCAUUCUCCUAUUACAAAAUACAUGAGUGUGUGCCUGUGUAUAUGAAACAGUGACUUGGGCUGGAGAACUCAAGCAUCUGUCCUGCAUUAAUUUUUCUUCUCCUUUUACGACUCCAUUACACUCUUCGCCGUUUCUACUACUGAUGGGUCAGGAUAGUAUGUUAUACUGAAACAUUAUUUUCUCAUUUACUAUAAACCUCACUGUACGUUGAAAGUGUUUUCAGAUUCUCAGUUGUUUUUUUAAAAAGGAAACUGUUCUGCAUGACAGGGAACUCAACCAUCCUCAAAACAGCAUGGGAAAAAUAUGCACGCUGAAUCUUCAGCUCUGAUUGACUUUUCUUCUAACUUUUGGAAAUUGCCAUAGUCUUAAAUUUGCAGCAGUGUCCGCCUACUAGCAAAAUCAAAGCAGCAUAGUUCUGUGCAUGUGAAUAGCUGCGAGUAAGCACUUACCAACAUUCUUCAAGUAGCUUAGAACCACUAAAAAUGAACGUUGUCUGCUAUCAAUUUCUUUGGGGCUGACAAGUGUGUUUUUCGAAGUGACAGAAUUGUUCUCUAAUAAAAUACACACCGUGUUUGCAAUUUAUAGAGCUUUUGCUAGGUUGGAAAAGAAAAUUGUUUCAGCAACUAGAAAUCCCUCUGUAGUAAAUUCUCCCCUGAAGAAUACAUUAUCAUGAUGGGAACGCAUUGUUAUUCUGCUUAUGUCACUAGAACACUUAAUUAAAGCGUAAGGCUAGUUUUGUAGGAUUCUUCAUUCCGAACACCGGAGAAGCAGAUUAUUCAAGCCGAAGACGGACUUGUGAACUGUUUUCACAUGUAUGUGUGCAGAUCUUACUUUCCGUGGCUUCUGCUUUUAAGAGCAAAGAAGAGGGGAUGAAAAGGGAUAUGUACUUUGGACAACAUAAAGUACAUAGGAAUAAAAUAUGGUGGGAAGGACUCAACAAACACAGAGGGUACAAGUAGGAAGUGCCUCCAUGUGCCCUUGAGGGUGGGGUGUAUGGAGUGAAGCUGCUGUUGCCCAUUGGACGAGGGGAGGUUAUUCAGAAGAGGAAAGGCAUUGCUGGCGCUGGAAGCAGGAAUGGGAACGUCUCCAGCAUAAAAUGGUGACACUGCUUAUGUGCUUUGAAUCUCAGCAUUUACCUGGGAGUUAUCCACACUCAAUUCAGUUGGACUGACUUCUGAGUAAACAUGCAGUAGGCUUGUGCUACAUGAAGGCUAGCUUUCAAAUCAAAAAGAUUUCUCUUAAAAAUAAACACCCUGAAAUAUUUAUGAAUGUCGGCAUGUUGCUGUUAUUCUGAAACUGGCCAUUUUACAGAAUGAUGUGCAAAACCUGUCUUAAUACCUCUGUACAAUGCAACAUUUUAGAUAUUUCUGUCUACUUAGGUAGUAAUGUCAAUUUUUUCUUUAUAUAGCACAUCCAAGUAGAAAGGAAACUUACGACUCGGCCAAAAUUAAUCAAUUUGGGUUUCUCAAAUUGGUUGCAUAUAGUCUGAAAAGCAUUUUUUAAAAGUUUGGGAUUAGAUCUUUAUCAUCCCACUGAAAGAUUGGCAGCAAAUUAAACUACGCUAGUAAUGUUGGUCUGGUUUAAACGAUUGCCUCGUUAUUUGUGCAUUGUUUAUUCCUGAUAGCACCCCUAAAUCUGAGAGAGCUCAACACUAUCUUUCAAUAUUUCAGCUACUUCGGUCCCAGUUAAGUACCUUGAAGUAUUGUUUCUUUUUAUUCCAGGCCAAAAUGUUUUAACUAUGGUAAUGAGUUGUAUAACCCCUAGUUUUAUCUUGGGUGUGGGAUUGCGGAGGAAAUGAAACUUCAAAUUAUAAGGUAGGUUAAUUAAUGGGCCAAAGUUACCCUGUGGGCUGAGCAGGGAUUUAAACCUCAGUAUCCCCUGUCCUAGUCCCAAACUCCAACCCCAGGGUAGCCAAUGUGGAGUCCAAAUGUGACUGGACUCCCAACUCUCAUCAGUCCCAACCCGCAUGGCCCUAUGAAUGGUUGGAAUUGUAGUCCAACAUCAUCUAGAGAGCAUCACAUUGGCUACCCCUAUCCCAACCCCUAACCCACAUUGGCUGUAGAGUUUCAGUUAACUCCUUCAGAAGUUAUGAUGUAGUGGUUAGAGUGCCUGAGCUGGGUUCAAAUCUCCACUCAUCCAUGAAGUUCACUGGAUGACCUUGGGCUGCUCAUCAUUUCUUAGCCUAACAUACCCUCCAUAGAGUUGUUGUGAGGACGAAACUAGGAGGAGGGAAACCUUGAGCUCUGCAGGAAAGGUAGAAUAGAAAAGUAACACUGCAUUUUUUUUACAGUUUUUUGAAAUGUUGAAAGUGCUUAUCCAGCAACUUCCAAUUUCUUUGUUCCUUUUGAUGUAUCUCAAGAGGAGGUGAGAUGAAGUGGUGAGAGAAGCUAGGAAAGGGUUCUCAAAUGAAAGGUCUCUUCCAACCAUAAACCUUUCUUUUCACUCUACCUCUAUUCUACUAAGAAAUUCAUGCCUUGUAAGUUACAAGGCAAUUCUCCAUAGUCUAUAUCAGGCAUGUCCAAGUGGUUGAUCACGGGUCAUCCGUGGUCGAUCGGAGUCGAUUGCGUAAUCCUGAUUGAUUGCCCCCCAAAACACACGUGAAGGCUCCCCGCUCCAAUGGGUAGAUCACUGCCAGUUUUUCUUAUAGUGGGAGUAGAUCACAGUCUCUUGGGAGUUGGACAUGCCCGAUCUAUAUACAUUGUUGGAUCAAGUAGUCCUUUAAAAUGCACAUGAAGAAGUUGCCACUGUCACUGCUCCUAGCUGGGAUGAGAUAACAAAAACUAACCUAGGAAUGUGGCUGCUAUUUAAACUUGCUUCAGACUAUAGACCCAGUGGCGUAGCAGCAGUUGCCGGUGCCCAGGGUGCACGUGUGUGCCGGUCAGGGGCGCCAGCCCAGCCCCUGCCACCAAAGCAACCCCACUCCCUCCAGAGCAAAACUCGGCCGUGCUGAGCUGCCUGCAGGGGGGAGUCUGGCCGGCCAACAAGGCCCUUGGCAGUGGUGAGGAGCACUGCGCUGGGCUGGGGUUGCCUGCAUGGAGCGCCUGGUUUGUGCCCCCUCAAAAAUUGUGCACCUGGCCACACCAUGCCCCCAGCACCUCCCACGCUAUUGUUAGUAUUUCAUUCCUCCAAUGCUGCAAAUGAGAUUGUUGUAAAUCACAUACCUGUCUGAGAAGAGCGUGAGAAGCUGAAGACAGUCUUAUUUCUUCCGCUGUAAUAUACCGUAUUUUUUGCUCUAUAAGACUCACUUUUUCCCUCCUAAAAAGUAAGGGGAAAUGUGUGUGCGUCUUAUGGAGCGAAUGCAGGCUGCACAACUAUCACAGAAGCCAGAACAGCAAGAGGGAUUGCUGCUUUCACUGUGAAACGAUCCCUCUUGCUGUUCUGGCUUCUGAGAUUCAGCAUAUUUUUUUUCUUGUUUUCCUCCUCCAAAAACUAGGUGUGUCUUGUGUUCUGGUGCGUCUUAUAGAGCAAAAAAUACGGUACUUUCACUUUAAUAAUAAUAAUAAUUUAUUAUUUAUACCCCGCCCAUCCGGCUGGGCUUCCCCAGCCACUCUGGGCGGCUUCCAAAAAAUAUUAAAAUACUGUAAUACAUCAAACAUUAAAAGCUUCCCUAAACAGGGCUGCCUUCAGAUGUCUUCUAAAAGUUUGGUAGUUGUUGUUCUCUUUGACAUCUGGUGGGAGGGCGUUCCACAGGGAGGGCACCACUACCGAGAAGGCCCUCUGCCUGGUUCCCUGUAACUUGGCUUCUCGCAAUGAAGGAACCGCCAGAAGGCCCUCGGUGCUGGACCUCAGUGUCCGGGUAGAAUGAUGGGGGUAGAGAUGCUCCUUCAGGUAUACUGGACUGAGGCCGUUUAGGGUUUUAAAGGUCAGCACCAACACUUUGAAUUGUGCUCGGAAACGUACUGGGAGCCAGUGUAGGUCUUUCAAGACCGGUGUUAUAUGGUCUCGGCGGCCGCUCCCAGUCACCAGUCUAGCUGCCGCGUUCUGGAUUAGUUGUAGUUUCCAGGUCACCUUCAAAGGUAGCCCCACGUUUUACUUGUCCUGUUUGUUCUCUCGGAGCUGGAGAGGACAGACGCCAUUAUGUUUCUGUCUGUACAUAGUGUGUAAAUAAAUAGUAGAUUAGCUCUACGAUGUCUCAAGCUACUUGCUGUGUUAAGCUAGAAGAUUAGUGUGCAUAAUACCAACUGGUUUAUGUCACUGAGUGCACUGGAGAUGAAGGAAGAAUGCCUUCUCUGGAGCUGUGCAUACUUGAGGACACUCGGAGUUCCAGGGGCUUGCAGGCUCACCCCCCAGGGCAUUUUCCAACAGCUAUGCCCCUGAAUAGACCAAGCGUGAACCAGAAGUCGGUUACCAUUGAGGUUGCAAUUGCAUAAUAAAAUCUACAAGAUUUAGCUAGUCAGAUAACUAAAGUUUCAAACUUACCUUUAACAAACAAAACUAGACGUGUUAUGCACUUCAGUAGACCUGAACUCCCUGCUAGCUUUUGAAGACUUUUAAGUAUUUCCGUGUGGAUUAUCUGCUGCAAUUAUUGACGGGAUGCUGCACAAACAAUGUGGUACUUUUCUCUCUCUCUCUCCUCACCCCCUGCCCAAAAUGUGGAACACCUUUGCAAUUGUAAAUGCAUGUGUGCGUUGCACAUCCUCUCGCUAUGUCCGGUGGCAAGUUAUUAUGGGGACUGACAGACUGUCAUCGUUUUGAUAGCUUGAGCAGUAUAUCUCUUGAACAGCAAUAGAGCUCUUAUGCAGAAAGUAUCAUAUGUUCCAAGCCAAUUUACAGGGAAACAGCAAUAACAUUUUAUCAUGGUUGAGAGCCCAGUAGCUGCUUCCUAUUAAACUUGCCCUUUCAGAUACCUGUCUUGGAUUAAUUUGUUGAUUUCAAAUGGAAACUCAGUCUUCUCCACUGAAGCAUGACUUUCUAGGAUAGACUCUUACUGAAUGACAAUUACUGUAUAUUCUACCCGCUUUCAGACCAUUACAAGCUUUGGGCGCAGUGGAAGACAGAGGACUUCUUCAGUAACUGAUUUUAAUACGUGUCUAAUUUUAGCUGUCAGUUAUCUACGCACCAGUAGACGAAUCUUCGGAAAGAUGAAAUGCAAAACACCUCUAACUUGCUCCUUUUAAUGAUAUACUUGCUGCAAGGGAUAAAAAGGGAAGGAUCAGGGAAAGGAGUCGCUUGAAGAACACCACAUGGUGUGUGAGAACACAUCAUUUUGAACAUUGGGCUUUCUGGGGUUUUUUUUUUAGUUUUCUUUUAAAAUUGAGUGGUGUGAAUGCAUUGGAGUUUUUUUAGAACAGGGGUAGCCAACGUGGUACCUCCAUAUGUUGUGGACUAGAACUUCCAUCAUCCUUGCCAUUGGCUAUGCCAGCUGAGGGAGUUGUUGAGGGCACCAGGACUUGUCCAGGAUUGCCUUCCUCCAAAUGAUGCUGAUGGAUACAUUCCAUCAGUGGAUGUCAUGGACUGGCUGGAUGCAGACGAGUGGUGGGAGACACCAGCUGGGGCUCAGAGUGGUGGGAUGAUGAUGAGCGGUCGGAGGUAUGAAGAGGGUGGAGCAAAGACAGACAAGGCGGAGAAGUAUCUGGUUGCUUGGGAUGGACUUGGGAGAGGAAGAGACUUAGAGAAUGGUGGGCAGGCAGGGACCCUCAGUCUUCGCAACUGCGUCAUUGGGGCAAAAACUACUGGGAAGAGGUGCUCUGCUCACUAGGACUGAGCUGUUUUGUUUCUUUGAACAAGGAGUUAACUUCACUGACACCUUGUGAGUUAUUGCAAUACACCUCCUUGGCUGGUUGGUAAAUUUCAAAUAUGCAAUAUGCCCAUUUUUAUAUAACAGAGGGAAGUUCUGUUCUGGAAGUGGUAUAAUGUCAAAGUAUCUAAAUCCUGAAUUUGGUAACAAGAGUUUUGAGUGAAUCAAACCCUCGUUAAUGAGAGCCAGUGUGGUGUAGUGGUUAAGAGUGGUAGACUCGUAAUCUGGUGAACUGGGUUCGCGUCUCUGCUCCUCCACAUGCAGCUGCUGGGUGACCUUGGACUAGUCACACUUCUUUGAAGUCUCUCAGCCCCACUCACCUCACAGAGUGUUUGUUGUGGGGGAGGAAGGGAAAGGAGAAUGUUAGCUGCUUUGAGACUCCUUUGGGUAGUGAUAAAGCGGAAUAUCAAAUCCAAACUCUUCUUCAUCUUCUUCUCAUGGUACUUAAUAAUUUUCAGUGGAGCCUUAACUAACAUUCCAGUAUAUGGUCCACUGACUUGUCUAUAACCAUGGCGGUAUGGGUUACCUUAGUGAGUUGCUGGAAGUGUACCUAUGUGGGGAGUGCAUUGAAAAUUAAACAUAUGCACGAAAUGUUGUCAAGUGAGUCUCCUGUAUUAAAAUGGGAAAGAUGGACGAGGUACCCUUCACAUGAUUGAGGAUCAGUCUUUAGACUGGAGGUUAGUUUAGCGGCGCCAGGGGUGGUUUUAAGAGUAGCGCAACCAUUGUGGCCGCACCGGGUGCUGCCCUGCCAAAUACGUCAAAAUAAUGCUGUAGAACAGAGCACAAGAGGCGGGUGGGGAGGAAUUUUAGUGUCGCACAGGUCACCGCUGAAAUUUGGGAGCCCAGAGCCCACCACUGCAGGGGCUGAACAUCAGGACAUCUUGCCUGUGCUGACAGAGGGUUGCUGGCUAACGGUCUGUUUCCAAGCGCGAUUCAGAGGGCUGUCACUUACCUUUUAAAGCUGUACGUGGUUUUGAGAUAGGAGAAGGAAUUUCUGCUCCCUGUGCGCUGAAGUCAUCUUCAGAAACCUUUCUCUGAUUACCCCCAGUAUAUGAUGUGAGGUAAGGUGGAUGGCAACUGUGAAGAGGGUCUGUUGUGAAACCUCAUCUAUGAAAUUCUCUCCCCAGGAGGCCUCGCCUGGUGCCUUUUCAGCACCAAGGGAUAGCCUUUUCUUCCUCCCAGACUUUGUACUAUCUGAAGGAGCUUUUAUGAUUAUUAUUUUUUACUGCUGCUUUUAUUCCACUGCUUUUGCCAAUUUUAGGUGGCUGGGGUUGUCUUCUUGGGGGGGGGGUACUUCUAUAUAUUUUUUAACAUUUUGUAUACCACCUCAAUCAUUUUUGUAAGGAAGAGUGAUGUAAAAUCCUAAUGCAGUCAAACCUCGGUUGUCGAACGUAAUCGUUCGACAACUGAGGCGCAGCUUCCAAUUGGGUGCAAGAGCUUCUAGCACUCAAGCAGAAGCUGUGUCAGAAGUUUGGGUUCGAAAAACGUUCGAAAACCAGAGCAUUUACUUCCGGGCUUUCGGUGUUAGGGAGCCGAAACGUUUGAAAAUGGAGCUGUUCGAGAACCGAGGUUUGACUGUAAUAUGAGGAUGACUGUUAAUCAGGACCACUGUGAUAAAUUAUUUAAAAUAUAUAAAUAUUGAAUUUCUAGAAGGAUUUUGGAAAAUUGCAUCAGAGCCUGUAGAUUUAUAAUGCAAAGAAAUACAUAAUGUGUUGUGUGGAUGGAUGGGGACUGAAUUGCUUUAGUACUUGAGCUUUCGUGUUUCUUAAAUGGCAUACUACAGACAAGAAUAGCUGAUUGCUUUCACUGUUUGUUGUACCACGGAAAACAAUUCUGGUUUUUUUUGCCUAGUAUAGUUUUCAAACAAGAGUCCUUGAGAAAUGCUGUUAACAAAAGCAGUAACUCCUGUGAGGUUUUCAUUUUCAGGGGGUUAAUGUUAUAAAAAGUUCUGUUCCUCUUUCUCUUAUUAACUUAACUUCUAGUUUUAAAACUACAAAGUGUGGGUGUUUUGCUUUCCUAGAACCAUUACUUUUCUUUCUCUUGUUAACCAAAUCUCUGUAAGUCUCUCCUUUUUACAUACCUAGCAUUUAUGUGAAACUAACUUUUAACAGCUUUUGUUUCUGAUUAUACCUGCUAGUAUAACUGCUAUAAAAUCACACUUUGCAGCUUGACGGCAACAACCACAGGAACAUACCAGAUUUUAUUUUUUUAAAAAACAAAAACCAACCAGUGUGCAGUAUUAAAAUAUUUUCCACUAUGUUUUAAAGACUACCCUCCACUGCAUAGUGGUUUGUUCUUUCAACUCAGUGAUGGCGAUAGAACAAAUGAUGUUUCUGCUUGGACAAGCUUUGUUUUAUCAGGAUCAGUAACCUUCUCAGCAAUUGACCCAGAACUAUAAUGCAUGUCUCUGAAUAGAUAGAGAGCAUAUGUCACAGUGUUGUGUAGACUUGCCUCUUGAGCAAGAGAGUGUAAUAAAGAUUUUAUAAAAAGAAAGAUAAUAAUAAGGAGAAGUUCUUAGUCUUAUUACUGAUACAGCAGUGUGUAUAGCAGCCAUGCUUCUAACUUGGCAGUUGAUGGUUCACCUCAUUUCCAAGAAUAUCACUUGAAUUUUAAGGAUAUAAUAUUAUCUUCUAGGGAGCCUCUGGCUCUGAAGCGCCUGUUUUUUUAUUAUUAUUCCUACUUUCACCUCACAAUUUGCAUGCAAAAAGUGUAUGGACGAUUGAUGACCUUUAAUUUAAGGAAGGGUCUCCCCUCUCUUCAUAUCAGUGCUCCAGAUCAUUUUUCAAGUCUUGGAAUAAAGGUAGAGAAAUGACAACACGGGCCUCGCAUAUAAAAAUAAGUCACCCAUAACAUGUGCAUUUUGACACGAACACUUCUCUUCUUUUGACCUUUGACAGGUUAGGGCUUGACCCAAAGCUGCUGGCCAAAAUCCUAAAUAUGAGCUCAGGCCGUUGUUGGUCAAGCGAUACUUACAACCCAGUGCCAGGAGUAAUGGAUGGCGUCCCUUCUGCUAACAAUUAUCAAGGUGGCUUUGGAACGACCCUCAUGGCCAAGGUACGUAUAUAGAAAAAAAACAACAUAAAUGUGCUCAUAUAGAAAAGUUACUUGUCCUUCUUGCUGGACAGAAUAAAUGUUUUCUUUCAGUACCUUCUCCUGCUCAUGACUUUUAGCAGCACAUCGUAUUAUUGUGUAAAGAUUUUCCUGCAUUUCACAGAAAAAGACAAAAUCAGUUCAAAGCAGCAUCCAUCUAAAUCAUUGGUAGGCAAAGUAAGGCCUGGGGGCCGGAUCCGGCCCGCGGAUGGUCCGGGAAUCAGCGUGUUUUUACAUGAGUAGAAUGUGUCCUUUUAUUUAAAAUGCAUCUCUGGGUUAUUUGUGGGGCCUGCCUGGUGUUUUUACAUGAGUAGAAUGCGUGCUUUUAUUUAAAAUGCAUCUCUGGGUUAUUUGUGGGGCAUAGGAAUUCGUUCAUAUAUAUUUUUCAAAAUAUAGUCCGCCCCUGCCCCCAAGGUCUGACACACAGUGCACCGACUCCCUGCAGAAAAAGUUUGCUAACCCCUGAUCUAAAUCCUAAGGGGUUGGGAAAGCUAAUGUCACAUGGAAAAACACAUUAAACCAACCAAUUAAGAUGUAAUGCAUAAAAAUGUGUGUUAUAAAACAUAGGCUGGUUCUUGGAUGGAUGAAGGAAAAUAAGCUGAGCUGGACUCCUGGAGGCACUGUGGGUGAGUGGUUCCCAAGUCCAAGAAACGGACCCAUCGCCCACCUUGCAUGGGGUUACAGUCCACCUGAAGAGACGCAGUCUCAGGGAGCUUCUGGAUCCAGCUUUUUUACCAGAGGCCUAGCUGGCCUCAGUGGCUAGAAGUGCCUUCUACCAGUCAUGACUGGUACCCAUACCUGCACCAGCUGAUGCAAAGAGAAGACGAUCCUGCUUGCUCCAGACAGUAGCGUAGCAUGGGGAGGCCACAGGGGUGGUUGCCCCAGGUGCAAAAUUGUUAGGGGGCACAAAAUUUCUUUCUUUAUAUUUUAUUGAUUUUUCCAGGAUUUUAAACAAAUUAUCACCAGAUUAGUACAAAUUAAUACAAAUUUAAAAGCUGACUACUCCCCACCCCCCAGUUGUUUGUUCUUUUUUCCUCCCUCUGUUGCUGUUCCAAGUACAAUAGUUUUUUCCAACUUUCAUUUGGGGUCUGUGCGCAAAAUUUCAACACCCGACGUUGCCUCAAUACGGUUGCAUGCUUCUGUCACUGGGCUCCGUCGUAAACAGUUUCUCCAUGCGAACCAGGAAGUGACCUCUCCACAUGACGGAACUGCUCUUCCUUUUCUUAUAUCUGUGGUUGCGAUCACCUGUGUGACACGGAUGCCACUACUAGGCAGUUGAAUGCGAAUGUGUAUUCUGUCCGUUUCUCUCCCACUCACCGGUGCCUCCGUGCUGGCAACCCAUGCUCUGCCACUGGCUCCAGGUGUGCGAGAGAGCCUUCUGCGGGGAGUUUUCAUGUGCACCCAAAACCAGCGCUAAGCAGGAUUCCCCCCUACCACACUCCUUCCCAGAAGAAUGUUUGGUUUCUGAACACAGCUGAUUGUUCUGACAAGCCAGAUUCUGUGUACAGUGGUACCUCAGGUUAAGUACUUAAUUGGUUCCGGAAGUCUGUUCUUAACCUGAAGUGUUCUUAACCUGAAGCGGACUUUCCCAUUGAAAGUAAUGGAAAGUGGAUUGAUCCAUUCCAGACGAUGAAAAACACCCCCUAAAACAGCAAUUUAACACGAAUUUUACUGUUUCACGAGACCAUUGAUCCAUAAAAUGAAGGCAAUAAUCAAUGUACUAUACUAUAAAAUAAAUAAGACAGUAUUUUAGAUGAAAAAAAAUAACGUUUCUUUUCUUACGUGCACUCACUGUUUGGAGGCGGCUCAGGGUCCUCUUCCACAAUCACAAUCAGCUUGGCUUCUGGCAUUCGUGGAGGUCUCAGAGAGCUCCUGCGGCUGGAGCCCAGUUGCAGAGCCUCUGCAGGCCCCAUGGACGUUGGGGCUUGGCUCCCGGCAUUCACAGAGCCGCUCUAGGCACCGUGGACGUCGGGGCUUGGUUCCCGGCAUUCACAGAGCCGCUCUAGGCACCGUGGACGUCGGGGCUUGGUUCCCGGCAUUCGCGGAGCCGCUCUAGGCGCCGCGGACGUUGGGGCUUGCUUCCCUGCAUUUGCGGAGGCCUCCGAGAGCUCCGUAGGCCCCGUCGAUGUCCGGGUUUGCCUCCAGGCAGCAGCGAGGCCUCCGAGAGCUUGGACAACUUACUUCUGGGUUACAAUCGUUUGUAACCCGAGAAAACGUAAGUUGAAGCAUUCGUAACCCGAGGUACCACUGUAUAAGCUGUAUAAUAAAAACGACAAUCAGAUUUUAAUUCUUGUUUUACUUUCUUCCUUUUUUUGCUCCGCUUCCCCCAAUUCUGUUUUGUUUUUCAGGAUCUUGGCUUGGCCCAGGUUUCCGCUACCAACACUAAGACGCCAGUCCUUCUGGGCUCUCUAGCCCAUCAAGUCUACAGGGUCAUGUGUGCCAAGGGCUAUUCCCAGAAAGACUUCUCGUCUGUGUUCCAGUUCCUACGUGAAGAGGAGACCUUGUGAAAUCUCUUUGGACAACGGACACUGUUAACAACCAAACUGUCUUUGGAGCCUUCUUGCUGAUUACUCAUCAAAUACAUGGGUUUAAUCGAAGGUCAUGAAUCAUGAUCUCACCCACCUCUAAUUUGCUGGGCUACAGCAGAUGCCAGGAUUUAUUUUGAAAUAUUAUAAAGAGAAAGGGUUUUGGUGUGUGCUUUAGCUUUACGGUACAUAACUGACUUAAUUAAAGACCUGUAAUCAGGUUUAAAUAAAAUUCAGUAUCCUUGUAUACAAAAUGACUUUAGCGUGGUUCUAAACUGUGCAAAUGUAACUGUGAUUUAAGGGACUGAUUCUGAGCUUCCUAUCUAAGUAACAAACCAUUUCAUCUUUUAAAAAAAAGUUAUUCCCAUGAAGAAUUUUCCUGAUAUUUUUUACAUCUCGCUUUGGCCUAAUUAUAAAUGCUGGUGGAAAGUUAUAUUAGAAGAGGUUUGUGAGUUUAUUGAAAGGCUGCUGCUUAUACGGUUUUAAAUGGUAGACAUAGUUAAAAUAACACUGUGUGUGAUUAAUCUUUGCUAAUCUGAUUUUAUAUAUAUAUAUUUUUACCCUUUUCACAUAUUUUCGAAAGGUUCAUGUCUACUAACCUCACUGUUACACAUUUACUUUAGGUAUAUCCUGCAUUAUUAUAAAUCUAAAUAAAUAAACCCCAUGCCUUCGAAGGCAAAUAAAAACCAAGAUAGUGAAUGAUCACUAAAUGUGGUUUUUUGUGUGUGAUUACAUUUGUUUUCCUGCCAUAAUUAUAGGACUCUGGGUGUACAAAUAUAUGUAUUUGUAUAAAAUCUGUGUAAAACUCUAUAGACGACUACAUUCUUUAAAGUUUCCCUCGUUUUUCACUGCAGUCCAUAUGUAUUAACAUUGAGGACUACAGUCCAGAGCAAUAAGACCUGUUAGUCUUUCUACAUAAUAAAUGUAGCACGUGAGUAUACUUUUUAUUUUGCACACGAAGGAACCCUCUGAACCUAUUCAUGAGGAGAAGUAAAUUGUUAAUGAGAGCUGGCAAUUUCCACAGCUUUUGGCCGGGGAUGGGUAGGAGAAAAACUACCCAUGCAUAAGACCUAACAAUCAUUGUGUAAUUUUGCUGUGCUCUUUAAGUAUACCCAUCUCUGCUUAAUGGUGGGGACCAAGUAAAGAUUUACUAUUGGUUUCAGUAAGCUAUGGGCCAUUGUGUGUGUAGGAAUCCCUAAUACAUGCUUAUCCUGGAUGAUGCAGCACCAUUGAAUAGGGACAAUUGUAUGUAAGUAAUUGUUUGAAUAAGGUCAAUUUUUUUCUUUGUUUCCAUCAACGCAUUCACAUUGCAAUCCAAUACAUGUCUACUCAGAAAGGGGCUUUAUUGAGUUCAUCGGGGCUUUCUCCCAGUCUUUACAUCUCAAGCCCCAAGAUGUGAUGUGGAGGAAAGUCCCACAGAAAGAAAAUUUUGGAUACAGGUGUUUAAAUUUUGCUGUUUAAAUAAAUCAAGUGUUUGGGGAAGUGGCAUUCCAACAGCUGUACCUAGGAAGACAUCACAGAACACAUUUCAUAGUUCUCUCAUUAAUGGCAGGAGAGCUUUGUGGAAUGAUAACUGUAGCACAAACAUUUGCUAUUACGGAGUACUCAUUCGCACAUUAUUUUUUACUUCUGCUUUUCUUCUCCAGCAGCUCCCACUGUUGAAAUCUCCUGGUUUUCUUUUAUAAAAGCAGUUUGUGGAUAUAUGGCAUGGGAGCAGCUUAAAAAGAAACACAGGAGGAAAUACAGUGUGUUUCCCUAACCUACAAACCAUCCUGUUGCACAACAGCUGAUAGCACUCAGAAAAAUUAGAAGUGUGUGUAUGUUUAUGGACCAUGGACCAUGAUGUAGACUACAGUGGGAAGUCCUGAAGAAACUUUGUUGAGUUGAUGGCACAGACACAUAAAUGGUUAUCUGCUAAUGGAAGUCAGGUUGGAAAAUGAGUUAAGAAACCGACAUGUUCAAAUCACGAGUCCUGCAUAAAAUAGACUUGAUAUAUAUAUUUUUAUUUUUAAACCUACUAACUGGCUUUUGUGCUUUUUGAGAGUGUUUAUUAUUUUAAGAUUCUCUCCCCCUUUUAAGUUAAACUUGAAUUGUGAUGUUGGCACUUAAAUAUCCAUCACUCAGUAAAAUCUGGGUAUUUCUCUGACAGUGUUGACAAAUCCUAAUGAAGGCACACUUUCCUUUUUAAAGAAAAGAUAAACACAUUGAUGGCAGGGGGGGAUUGGCCUCUACAAUUUCUUGAGUCAAUGGUAUUUAUUUUAAUAUCACAGGUUAAAAUCUGCAUAUUUUUGCGAACAAAUUUUGAAUGGAACCCCUCUGUAGAUAGAGAUAAAGAGAAGACUGGGGCUGCUGUUCCUCAUUCUCCUUAACCGUGACCUAGAGUCUUCCUUCUCCUUAGGGGUCGGAGGUAAUUAGUUAUGUCUGCUUGUUAAAUGUUGAGGUUUGCUGAGCCAAGUUCCCAGGAAGACAAGGCUGUUAGUGUGGUAACUAUAUAGUCUAUUAGUCACCAGGCUUUACCCUUGAGUUGGAAAUAAAUGAGUAUACAUGAUCUUUCAUUUUAUGUGGCAGAUCCCAUAGCAUUUGCAAAAUUUAUCUGAUUGCACAACAGAUAAAGGUCACCAACUGCUGAAUCACAGCAUGUUAUUUAGCAGCAAAUAGAAAUGGUUCUACAGUACUUUUUGAGGGUAGACCAGCCCUUUGCAGAUUCCAUUUUCCACUCCCCUCUGCAUAGGUAUGUGUGGAGGGCGGGUCACAAUGGCAGCAAUGGGUUCUCCUCCCUCUGUGUACCCAAUUGGAUAUAACCUCUGCAUGUAGGUGCAAAUUGUCUGAUCAAAACUCCCUAUUUUUUAAAAAAUUAGGAACACAAAGAUCAUGUAAAUUUUUGUGUACACAAACAUGUCCAUACAGCCUUGAGUAUGCUCAGCGGACACAUGAAACUGACAUGGUUGUUAGGGAGGGGAACUGAAUGCAGUUACUGGAACACUAAACCGAAACACUCACUGCGUGCUGCAACCAGUUUGUUGCACUAGUAUUGUGCAUUUUCAUUCUUAAAAGCUGGAUCAACUGGAGAACUGUUUGGGUAUGAUAGAUUGUGGCUGUGUUCGAGGCUAAACGAACUUAAAUUGAAAUACACUUCUACAUACAAUAUUUUAUACAAUGUAUUUCAUGCCAUUUACCAUGGAGAGUGGAAUAUCUGGAUCAGCUAUCUGAAAUAAUAAUAAUAAUAAUAAUAAUAAUACAGUAAUAAUUUUAUUAUUUGUACCCCGCCCAUCUGUUUGGGUUGCUCCAGCCACUCUGGGUAGCUUCCAGAGUUAUUUAAAUUUAUUAAACCAUUCUUUCCCACUUGAUUGUAAUAAAACCUCAAAGCAGUUUAAUAAAUUUAUGUCCUGCUUUCACUGUAGGUCCAAAAGUCACAAGGUAGCUUAUCUGCAGCAUGCUAUAGUUACCAAUAUAGAUGCACACACACACAUACACCCCAUAAAACUCUUUUUUUUCCUUUUUCUUUUUUGUCCUUGCCCACAAUUCAGUGGCCAUUGCUGGGAGAAGAGUAAUAUUUUUGUUUGUUGCAAGUGGGAUGUAUGGUAACGGACGUCACUUUUGCUCACCUUGCUUUUUGUAGGCUAAACCAAUAGAAGUGCUAGCAACCCAAACUUGAAGAUUGAGAAACUUCACAGCUCUGCAAAGAGCUUUGACUAUUGACAGAGCUUGUUUAGAUGUCGGAAAGACAGAAGCUACCUCCUACUAAAACAGAAGCCUGUGCGAUAAAGGCCAUGCCAAAAUGUCUUGCCUCUCCAGAGGCCCCUGGAGGCUAUUGCUUUGGCAGCAGUGCCUGAUUCUUUCGCUCUGGUUGCCAGGAGCCUGGUGCCUUGCUAACAUCCCGCUUUUGUUUAUGACCUAAUGUAGCGCUAGGUUUCCAGCUUGGAUUGAAUUAAGCUUUUUAGAUCUUACUGUUUUGCAUAUGUACACAACCGAGCUGACAAGUGUAUAUUUAAUAUGUUGCCCUGACUCUAAGAGUAAUGGUGGAUAUUCAAUCUGCUGUAAGCCGAAGCGAUGGGAGGGGGCAGUGGUGUGUCUGCCAAGGCUUGUAUGAGAGACUCCAGCAAAAGGAAAAACGAGGGGGGGAGCGGAGCAUGGGAACACUUUAUGCAUUGCUGCAAACGCAGGAUUUAAUUUCUCCUUUUUACAAAGUAAUUUACAAAUAGAUUAGGAUAUCAUCAAGCAAAAUAAAUUCCACGUAAUUAAUGGGCAUCGUGCACACAUAUAUUUACAAUCUGCUUUUAACUAACACCGUGAAUUGGCGAUUUUCAUAACAUCUUUUCAAGCUUAUUAAAAACGUGCUCCACAUGCACCGCAAUAGUGGGGAAACAAACCACAAUAUUUUCAGAACUUGCUCUCUCUUUCCUUUGUUCUUUAAUGAUUCCUGUAAAGCCUAGAUAUUUAAAUGCUUGGGUGUACAAAUGUACUUGGUAUGUGUUAUGCGGCCCAUGAGCCAAGGCGAUGAGUAACUAUACAACCAUUUAGAAGACAUCUGAAGGCAGCCCUGUAUAGGGAAGGUUUUAUGUUUAUUUUUUAUGUUUUUAUAUAUGUUGGAAGCUGUCCAGAGUGACUGAGGCCACCCAGUCCAAUGGGUGGGGUGCAAAUAAUAAAAUUAUUAUUAUUAU